GUAGCGCUGGGUGUGGGCGGGGCUGGCUGGCGCCCCUGGUGCCAGUGGCUGCUCAGUCCCAGUUGGUGCUGGCGGCCGGGGGAGAUCAUGGCGCCCUCUCACGUCCUGCGCUGCUGCCAGCGGGUGGUGGGCUGGAUCCCGGUGCUGUUCAUCUCGCUGGUCCUGUGUUGGUCUUACUACGCGUACGUCCUGGAGCUGUGUGUCUGUGAGUAACCAUAAUAUAUAUAACCUGCCUGCCUCCCCCUACCGAGCCAUGCCGCACCCGGGCUUCCUGCUCACACACUGCCAGACAUGGGUAAUAAUAUGGGUAAUAAUACACCUAAUAUACCCAGCACCAUGCCAGACAUGGGUAAUAAUACACCUAAUAUACCCAGCACCAUGCCAGACAUGGGUAAUAAUACACCACCCAGCACCAUGCCAGCCAUGGGUAAUAAUACACCCAGCACCAUGCCAGCCAUGGCUAAUAAUACACCCAGCACCAUGCCAGCCAUGGGUAAUAAUACACCCAGCACCAUGCCAGCCAUGGGUAAUAAUAUACCCAGCACCAUGCCAGCCAUGGGUAAUAAUAUACCCAGCACCAUGCCAGCCAUGGGUAAUAAUACACCCAGCACACUGCCAGCCAUGGGUAAUAAUACACCCAGCACCAUGCCAGCCAUGGGUAAUAAUAUACCUAAUAUACCCAGCCAUGGCCUAAUAAUACACCCAGCACACUGCCGACAUGGGUAAUAAUAUACCCAGCACCAUGCCAGCCAUGGCUAAUAAUACACAGCCACGGGUAAUAAUAUGGGCACACUGCCAGCCAUGGGUAAUACACCCAGCACCAUGCCAGCCAUGGUAAUAAUACACCAAUAUACCCAGCACCAUGCCAGCCAUGGGUAAUAAUAUACCCAGCACACUGCCAGACAUGGGUAAUAACAUACCAAUAUAUACCCAGCACCAUGCCAGCCAUGGGUAAUAAUACAAUCCAGCACCAUGCCAGCCAUGGGUACACCCAGCACCAUGCCAGCCAACAAUAACACAGCACCAUGCCAGCCACGGGUAAUAAUACACCCAGCACAUGCCAGCCAUGGGUAAUAAUACACCCAGCACACCGCCAGCCAUGGGUAAUAAUACACCCAGCACACCUGCCAGCCAUGGGUAAUAAUACACCCAGCACCAUGCCAGCCAUGGGUAAUAAUAUACCCAGCACACUGCCAGACAUGGGUAAUAAUAUACCUAAUAUACCCAGCACCAUGCCAGCCAUGGGUAAUAAUACACCCAGCACACUGCCAGCCAUGGGUAAUACACCCAGCACCAUGCCAGCCAUAGGUAAUAAUACACCUAAUAUACCCAGCACCAUGCCAGCCAUGGGUAAUAAUAUACCUAAUAUACCCAGCACCAUGCCAGCCAUGGGUAAUAAUACACCCAGCACCAUGCCAGCCAUGGGUAAUAAUACACCCAGCACCAUGCCAGCCAUGGGUAAUAAUACACCCAGCACCAUGCCAGCCAUGGGUAAUAAUACACCCAGCACACUGCCAGCCAUGGGUAAUAAUACACCCAGCACACUGCCAGCCAUGGGUAAUAAUACACCCAGCACCAUGCCAGCCAUGGGUAAUAAUAUACCUAAUAUACCCAGCACACUGCCAGCCAUGGAUAAUAAUACACCCAGCACACUGCCAGCCAUGGGUAAUAAUAUACCCAGCACACUGCCAGCCAUGGGUAAUAAUAUACCCAGCACACUGCCAGCCAUGGGUAAUAAUACACCCAGCACACUGCCAGCCAUGGGUAAUAAUACACCCAGCACCAUGCCAGCCAUGGGUAAUAUUACACCCAGCACCAUGCCAGCCAUGGGUAAUAAUACACCCAGCACACUGCCAGCCAUGGGUAAUAAUACACCCAGCACACUGCCAGCCAUUGGUAAUAAUACACCCAGCACCAUGCCAGCCAUGGGUAAUAAUAUACCUAAUAUACCCAGCACACUGCCAGCCAUGGGUAAUAAUACACCCAGCACACUGCCAGUCAUGGCUAAUAAUACACCCAGCACCAUGCCAGCCAUGGGUAAUAAUAUACCCAGCACACUGCCAGCCAUGGGUAAUAAUACACCCAGCACACUGCCAGCCAUGGAUAAUAAUACACCCAGCACACUGCCAGCCAUGGAUAAUAAUACACCCAGCACACUGCCAGCCAUGGGUAAUAAUACACCCAGCACCAUGCCAGCCAUGGGUAAUAAUACACCCAGCACACUGCCAGCCAUGGAUAAUAAUACACCCAGCACACUGCCAGCCAUGGGUAAUAAUACACCCAGCACCAUGCCAGCCAUGGGUAAUAAUACACCCAGCACACCGCCAUGGGUAAUAAUACACCCAGCACCAUGCCAGCCAUGGGUAAUAAUACACCCAGCACACUGCCAGCCAUGGGUAAUAAUACACCCAGCACCAUGCCAGCCAUGGGUAAUAAUAUACCUAAUAUACCAAGCACACUGCCAGCCAUGGAUAAUAAUAUACCCAGCACCAUGCCAGCCAUGGGUAAUAAUAUACCCAGCACCAUGCCAGCCAUGGGUAAUAAUACACCCAGCACCAUGCCAGCCAUGGGUAAUAAUACACCCAGCACCAUGCCAGCCAUGGCUAAUAAUACACCCAGCACCAUGCCAGCCAUGGGUAAUAAUACACCCAGCACCAUGCCAGCCAUGGGUAAUAAUAUACCCAGCACCAUGCCAGCCAUGGGUAAUAAUAUACCCAGCACCAUGCCAGCCAUGGGUAAUAAUACACCCAGCACACUGCCAGCCAUGGGUAAUAAUACACCCAGCACCAUGCCAGCCAUGGGUAAUAAUAUACCUAAUAUACCCAGCACACUGCCAGCCAUGGAUAAUAAUACACCCAGCACACUGCCAGCCAUGGGUAAGAAUACACCCAGCACCAUGCCAGCCAUGGGUAAUAAUACACCCAGCACCAUGCCAGCCAUGGCUAAUAAUACACCCAGCACCAUGCCAGCCAUGGGUAAUAAUACACCCAGCACCAUGCCAGCCAUGGGUAAUAAUAUACCCAGCACCAUGCCAGCCAUGGGUAAUAAUACACCCAGCACACUGCCAGCCAUGGGUAAUAAUACACCCAGCACACUGCCAGCCAUGGGUAAUAAUACACCCAGCACCAUGCCAGCCAUGGGUAAUAAUAUACCUAAUAUACCAAGCACACUGCCAGCCAUGGAUAAUAAUAUACCCAGCACCAUGCCAGCCAUGGGUAAUAAUAUACCCAGCACCAUGCCAGCCAUGGGUAAUAAUACACCCAGCACCAUGCCAGCCAUGGGUAAUAAUACACCCAGCACCAUGCCAGCCAUGGCUAAUAAUACACCCAGCACACUGCCAGACAUGGGUAAUAAUAUACCCAGCACCAUGCCAGCCAUGGCUAAUAAUACACCCAGCACACUGCCCGACAUGGGUAAUAAUAUACCCAGCACCAUGCCAGCCAUGGCUAAUAAUACACCCAGCACACUGCCAGCCACGGGUAAUAAUAUGGGUAAUAAUACACCCAGCAUCAUGCCAGCCAUGGCUAAUAAUACACCCAGCACACUGCCAGACAUGGGUAAUAAUAUACCCAGCACCAUGCCAGCCAUGGCUAAAAAUACACCCAGCACCAUGCCAGCCAUGGGUAAUAAUACACCCAGCAUCAUGCCAGCCAUGGCUAAUAAUACACCCAGCACACUGCCAGACAUGGGUAAUAAUAUACCCAGCACCAUGCCAGCCAUGGCUAAUAAUACACCCAGCACACUGCCCGACAUGGGUAAUAAUAUACCCAGCACCAUGCCAGCCAUGGCUAAUAAUACACCCAGCACACUGCCAGCCAUGGGUAAUAAUACACCCAGCACCAUGCCAGCCAUGGGUAAUAUACCCAGCACCACACCAACUCCAUGCCAGCCAUGGGUAAUAUACCCAGCACUGCACCUCCUCCAUGCCAGCCAUGGGUAUACCCAGCACUACACCAGGCUGUACACCAACUCCAUGCCAGCCAUGAGUAUACCCAGCACUGCACCUGGCUGUACAUCAACUUCAUGCCAGCCAUGGUUAUACCCAGCACUACACCUCCUCCAUGCCAGCCAUGGGUAUACCCUGCACUGCACCAGGCUGUACACCACUUCCAUGCCAGCCAAGGGUAUACCCAUGAAUGCACCAGGCUGUACACACAGUGUGCAGGACAGCCCCUCCAUGCUGGCACCUGUCAUUAUGUAUCCUAUAUAUAACAUCUCACAUAUAGCAAGCAGCAUUGUGUGUCACCUGUCAUAAAAUCUUAUCCAAAUCCCACCUCCUCCUCCUGUACUAAUACAGAUUGUCCCCAUAAAUCACCACCCUCCAUAAACACUGACACAGGAUCUCAUAUUAUGAUAUGAUCAAAUAAAUCAUUAUUCCUCUGUAUAAUACAGUAAUACAUGUUUCUCACAUAGACUAUUAUAAAAUAAAUCACACUUCCUCUGUAUACAGUGAUACAUGUUUCUCACAUCGACUAUUAUAAAAUAAAUCACUUCCUCUGUAUAUAGUAAUACAUGUCUCUCACAGAGACUAUUCUAAAAUAAAUCACUAUUCAUCUGUAUACAGUGAUACAUGUCUCUCAUAGACUAACAUUAUAAAAACACUAAUUAUCUGUAUACAGUGCUAUAUGUCUCUCUCAUAGACGAACAGCAUAUAUAAAAUCACUUCCCUGACUGCAUUCCGUGGUACGUGUAUGCUUCUUAUGGUGUCAUUUUAAAAACCCAUAUUCCUUUCUGAGGUAUGUAUAUCCCUGAUUAGUGGUUAAUAUAAUAUAUCCUAUAAAAGGUUUAGGUGACUUUAGGGCAGUAUUGCACCAAAGUUGUUCUUCUUUGGCAAUUUAAAAAAUGAAUUGUAUUGUCCGAUUUUUGUGUUUAUGGUUCUAUUCAUGUCCGUGCAAACCAUGGCAGUAAGUGUUUACGUUAGUUGCAGUGUAUUUUUGUGUGUGGUGUUAGUAUGUACAUGUCAUUGUUUUGUAUGUGUACUCCCAUAUGUGUGGGAGUGUUAGUCAUUGUUUCUGUGUGUGCAGUAUUAUUCCCUAUAUGUGGUGUGUGUUAAAUGUCUGUUAAUGUCUACAUGCCAAAUAAGCCUCACUUGUUCACCCCUGCCAUUUUAACAUCCAUGCAAAAUAUACCCCCUGGUUUAAGCCCCCUUAAUCACUACUCCAUUUACACACCCUCACCUUUAACAACACCUGCACAGGUUGCAUACCAUACCCUGGGUGUGCAUGCAGUGACUCUUCUCUGUGGGUGCCACAGCAUGCACACUCUUUAGUACAAACCACGGUGUUAUAAUGUCAUGCAAUAUUUUAACUCUGAGAAAAAAUGUAAAGCGAGGGAGGCAACAAAAAUCCUUGUUAAAAAAGUUUAGAAAAAUGUACCAAAUGCACAUUCAGAUGUACCUGUAUCUACAAAGUGGCAUUUUAUGUAGGUUGACAUAUGUUCUAAAUCCCUGCACCUCAGUCUGUGUGCACAUACCCAACAAUAUAUAUAUAUUAUAUGUAUCCUGUAAGGCUGUUCUCUUUGGUCUGUAUAGAAAUUAAGUUUUGCAUACAAUAACAACACUAUUAUAGACUGUCAAAGAAAAACGACACAUUGUAACAUUGUGUAUAAGGUGUCAACGUUUUCCUUGGAACAGUGAGUUCAUGAAAUGUGCAAGACAGUCGUUACAUGAGUUAGGGGCAGAAUCACGCGAAAUUCAUUCUAUAGAUCUAUUCUUUGUUCAAGUAUUGUACUGUACGAUGGUCCUCAGAUGGCACGGGAUGUGUGUGUGCAGCCCACAGCCGUCUCUGGGGCAUUAGUGCUCACUCGGCUGUAAUCUGGCUUGUGUUCAUACGUUGCCACAGCUUAUGUUAUAACUAUAACCAUGUAUACAUAUUAAAGCCAGUGCUGGAUGAAAGAUUUAGUGAAUACUUGUCGCUAACUGUAUGUGUGAUAUAAAUGGGGUUGAAUAAUGUAUCACUUAUCACUUUUACACAUGGAAAUAGAGCAUUCUUUUAUUUUAAUUCUGCGAGCUGACACUAAUCUGUUAUUGCUCAAGCUGUGGGCUUAACAAAUGUCAUUCAGCGUCAUGGAACAGAUAUAUAUAUCUUGCAUUUGGUGAACCUGCAAUUUUGGUCAGACAACUCAAAUGGUUUAACCGUGAACUCCGUGUUAUGGUUAUAUCGUGCACAGACUGAUCUUUUAAUGGGGCAAUUUAAGCAUACAAUUUACUGUAAUUCUGAGAGGUCGAAUAUAGUAUGAUACCAGCUAGGGAGACUGUACCUGAAGGGUCUUUGCCCCAUUAUCGCUACCAUGACCUGAAGAGAUUUUUAUAAUUAGAGCACCACUUUAAUUUUGCCCUUCCUGUUUGCAAAUAUUUAUAGUUUCUUGCAGAUUGAUGCUAUCUCCACUUUGCCCUCAAUUUUAGUAAGUGAAAAUCCCUCUUAAUGAGCACCUCUCUCUGCAGAAUGUAAUGGCUUUCACAGUCUCGCUGUCCUGUGCGUCUACUUUGCUUUGCGGAUUCAUUUUCCUGCCUUUUGAAUAGGCCUCAUUCAUAGACGCUAGAUUGUGAGUUCUUCAUUUUUUUUUUCCCAUUUAAAUCCUGUGAUGUCAUCACAGUGUGCUAGCCAGACAUAGAUGUAGUAUUGCAUAUAAUAUUAUAUACUUGUUUAACAUAUUAAAGCCUGUAUUACUUUUAUAUAGCUUUCUGUUGAGGUGCAGGAAAUGUGUAGAAUAUUAUAAAUAACUCCACACCUGUAAUUCUUUUUUUUUAGGGUGUCUAUUUGCACAAUGCAGAGAUAACUAUAGAGUUAUAGGGGAACUGUAUUUGAUAUCCUUGUCUGUUUGUAAUGUGUCACUGGUUUGGGCGACACAUGGUGUGUAACUUGUUCUGAGCAGGGGAGAUAUAGUAAAUGGAGCCGACACUGUAUGUAAAACAUUGUCUGCUUUUAGCAAUAGAUGUUUUGCUGAACUCUGAUAUGCAUAAUGGAAUCACUUUUAAAUCUAUUCAAACCUUUUGCCUUCACCAGUAUGUUUAUUCUUGUUCUCCCUGCGCGGAAGCAGCGUGCCAUGUGGUUCAUUUAGCCAGCUCUGACUAUGCCUGUGCUAUAUUUGGUUCAUAUUUAAUGUACUUUCAGGGGAAGAUACUUCCUGUCAUUUGAAACAGUUCGUUAUUACAUCAUAAACUCUGUAACGCUCACCGUUCCCACACAAAGAAUGCCAGUGAAUGCACCUACGCCCUGAGGGUGAUGGGAAUAGUACAUCAAACGCUACAUAAAACUCAUGCUUGAUCAAAGACUUCUUUAGACCUUUCUUUUCUGUCUUACCACUGGCUGAACUAUAUUCGUUUCAUCGUUUUAGUGCAGGGGUGGCAAAAGGCACGUCCCCGGCUCUAGAUACAGCGUCUGUGAUGCUUUGCCAGCCAUGAGGCUGAGAGUUAGAAGGGUUGACACAUGGGGGAUGUGCUUUUUGGCAGCCCAUGUCUGAACACAAGUUGGCUUGUUAAAUAGGUAGUUGUGCAGACCUCCGCAAAACGGCAGUGAUACAAUCAAUAAGCUGUAGUGCUUCCAGUGCUCUGUGUCCAAAGAUGUUUUGUUAUUCCCAAAUUUGUGAGUGACAAGGCUGCCUUGAAGUAACUAUUGAAGUGUUCCUUCAAGCUUGGAGGCUUCUCAUGUAUUACUUCACGCAGCACAAAGUGUUAAAGAAGUUUGCUUCUGGAGAUGUAACAGUGUCAUUAGUGUUCAACCUUUUAUGUGCAUCAUGUUUAAUUCUGUCCAUAAAAUGCGUCUGUCGUCAGCGUGUAUAGCACCUAAAAAAAACAAAAACACUGUUUUUGUGAGAAACUCAUAAUUAUUAAGGGACACCAUUGACACCGAAUCAACUUAAGCUUAAUGAACCAGUUUUGGUGUAUAGAUAAUGUCCCUGCAGUCACACUGCUCAAUUCUCUGCCAUUUAUGAGUUAAAUCACUUUGUUUAUGCAGCUCUAGACACACCUCCCUGCAUGUGACUUACACAGCCUUUCUUAACACUUCCUGGAAAGAGUCAUCUACUGUUUACACUUCCUUUAUUGCAAGUUCUGUUUAAUUUAUACUGUAUUAUCUCUUUGUCUGUUAAUAGCCUUCUGCAAUCUGCCUCCUGUGUGUGAUUAAAGUUCAAUUUACAAAGCAGGAGAUAAAAACUUAUACAACAAGUUAACAUCUGAUUGAAAAUAAAACCAGCCCGGACAGAAACAAGUGACUUAACUGACUUACCUGAGUCUCCUAAGGGCACGGCUGUGCUUAGCCAAUGAGAUGGAACUGCACUGGGUUUGGUUCACCGCAGUCAUGCCGAUAGUACUUCCGCUCCACCAACCGAGUAAAACUCGGUCACUUGACAUGGACGCCCCCAUAGGAAACUAUCGCUUCAGUGGUUUCCUAUGGGGCGGCCUGGAUGCAUGCGCAGCUCUUUAAAAAAAAAAUAUUAUUUAACAUAAUUAUCUUUUUUUUAAGCUUGAUAAAAGGAUUAUUAUAGUAAAUAUUUUUCAAGUGACCGUUGUCCGUUAAUGUUUGUUUCCUGGUCUGUAUGCUGCAGUCACAGCAAUUUAGGAUUAUUAUUAUUGCCAUUUAUAUAUCGCCAACAGAUUCUGUAGCUUGUUACAAUAUUAUGAGAGGGGGGAUUUAACUAUAAAUAGGACAAUUACAAGAAAACUUAACUGAAGAGGACCCUGCUCAAACAAGCUUACAGUCUAGGAUUGAGUUGUGUGCUUUGUGCGUAUAUGUUUUGGGAGAACUCUCAACACUAGACGUUUGGAGGAAAAUUUAUGAAGGCAAAUCACGUACUGUUUUGAGAUCUAAAUGUUGAGUGACAUUUUAUUCGUUUCCACGAUGAUUGCUGCUUUAUUUAGCACUUUUCCCCAGAAGAGUGCCUUUUUUGUUGUUGUUAAUAAAUCUCCCUCAUAAAAUAUAAUCCUAUCCCCACUGCAUAGAGAGAUCAGUUUUGAAAUUGAAUAAAAUGGAAGAGAUACAUUUGUAUUUGUCUUUUCUGCAGGCGAGCCAUUCCUUAAGAGAGUUAAACGUUUGCCCUUGUAACUAUUAAGAAUCCAGUGAUGAAUUCAGUUCCAAUUAGAUUAGCAUUGAAGACUAUAGGAUUAGGAUUUAGGAAACUGCCUGACUACAUGCUUUGUCUGUGUCCGUUCAUGGUUGCAACAUAACCAUUGCGUGAACUGUCUUUAACAGUCGGUCAUGUACGGCACCUGGGUCUUGAGUGUAUGUAAUAUACAAAACUGGGAGAGCGCGUGGGUUGCUGCCUGGAUCCACAUUGUUUGUUUCUGCCAUGGAUACUCGUUUGCAGAGCCGGUUCUGCUGUGUAUUUAGUGUUUUUAAAGGUCUUUGGUGAAUUGGUAAAUAAACCAUUUGGUUGAAUAUUUUGUUGUGGAGAACACUGCUUCUUUAUAUUUCAUCAUAGACAGAAUCUAGCUGUAAACUUACAUAUUUUUAAUGCUUCUUAAUUUAUUUAAACCUUCCCAUUAUUUAAGUUCUACACGUAACAUUUCUAAUCCCGUAUAAAUAAUAUAUAUCAAGAAAGGUAAAAUUUGUUUUAUAUAACAGGGUGUAAAUUAGACAUUAUUUUAAAUAAAUAUUUGGCUGAAUUUCAACAUAGCUGUGAUAUUUGUGAUUACUUUUAUAUUUUACCUUCAGCCAGGGCAAAGAGGCCCCGACAAAUAUACAUUAUAUGAGAGUGAAAGGGUGACUCGGGGCUGCUGUAGUUGCUAUGAUGCCAAGAAUACCUUGGCCCGAUAGAGGGGCAAACCAUUUAGGCCCGGUUUGACCUCUUACCUGGGUUCUCCCUGGUCUCCUCUCAUGCUGGUGCAGCUCUGUAGAAGCCAGAAACCAACCAAAUUCUUAUUUAUUGUCUUAGAACAACCUCUGCCCUCUAUCAGCCAAUGAAUGCAGUUCUAUUUACACAGAAUUAACAUUAAUCCGCCUGGAACUCUUGGCACUAGCGCCCCCUCAUUGAGCAACAUCAUAAGAGUCAGGGCUGUUUUUAACCCAUUAUUUACCAACCUGGGGAGUGAGAGGGAUGGGGGGGGGAGCAGAAGGAGAUAGUGCCAGGAAUACAGCUUUGUAUUCCUUGCACUAUAGUAUCCCUUUAAGGUUUGAGCAGGUCCUAAUGUUGCACUAGUCAAGGGAACACAAAUCUAGAAAUACUCCAGAAAGUAAAUGUAAUCGAGUUUUGUUUUAUUUAGCCUUUUUAACUACUUCCCUUUAAACUGUGAGAAGGACAUGUGUUUAUACUAUUAGUUCCCAUUUUCUCCGAGUCACUUAUACUGUUAGCUUUUAAAGUGUUGAAACAAGAGGUUACUUCCUGAGUGUGUCCACUCACAAGACAAACUGCUUUAUGUUGGGAGAUCCAACAAUCGCAUAUAACGGCAGUUCUGGUCACUGCACUACUAAAAAUAAUGUUGGAAUACAACUCUGAGCAAGCUUGGCCAUCCAAAACCUUCUUCAGUUUGCUGACAGCCAGCGAGGAAUUGUGACCCAUACUCCUGUAGAAGACUGUGGUUAUUACAAGAACUGUCCAACCACCAGUCACAGGCAAUGCCAAAUCACUCCCUGUUCCAAUGGUGUUUUUAGGUUCGUAUUCUGUAAUCCUUAGACAAUCCUUGGCUGUGGCCUUAGUAGUUGGAGCUCAGUGAAAUCCGGUUUAGCUACUAUUUCUUCUGGUGUAUUUAUGCGCGUGGAUUUCCGCGUUGAUGACAUCAUGCGCAUUUUGUUGCGCGUAUAUUGUGUGAAAUAAAUGCCGGUUUGACCUAUCAGUUAAGGUGUGACUUUAUUACACUAUAUUGAUUUCAAAAUCUAUAGAAAAUGUAUCAUCUCGAACUCUGAAUAUUACCAUGUCAACAUCUUGUCUCGGAGUUUCAGUAGAAAGUCUCUCCUUUGAUAAUUAGACAAGAUCUCUUGACUGUAAUUGCCUCUGACUUUAUCACAGGGUUCCACAUACUUUGAUCUGAUACCACUGAAGUUCAUUUCACUGUGCAGCAUAUUUAUAUAUGUACAUAUUUGUAUCCACCAUAACCACUGCAACUCAUUAUAUUGCUUAUUGUGCUAAAAGAUUAUUCAGUUGCGUUCUCCCAUUAAGUGCCAAACCUUGUUCAGUUGGUAGUGAAUAGAGCGCCCCAUUAAUUUACUUUAAAGUAAUUGUCACAUUGUAUUUUAGUAAAGGGCAUAUCAGUUUAUUCUGAAUGCAAGUCUCCUAAUGUCCCAUGAUUUCCUGUGUUAUACUGAAUUAAUAUGCACACACAGGAUGUAAAGGAAUGGACAUGUAAUGACUCCUACUCUGAUUGUGUAUUACAGCACAGUAAACACGUCACCAGCGUUGGCUUCUGUGAAUCAAAAUAUUGCAAUUACAUUCCAAAAAUGGACUUUUCCACAGCUGAAAUAUGUAUCUGAUCAUUUAACUCUGCCUGGAUUCCUUCGUAUGGGUAAUGUUUACAGAUUUGACAGGAGGUUUAGUUAACAUGCUCUCAGCCCUAAUUAUAAGCCGACUCCUCCUGAUUGUUUGAGGAAGAGGAGGAGCGCAUUGGAAAAUAAAACAAAACAUGUACCUCAAGCAAGUGUGUCUCAGCUGAUUGUAUCACAUGAUCUACUCUGAAAUGCAGAAACUCUGGGUGUGUUACUGUUAUCAACAAGCAAGUAUUUGCAUUAUUGACUAAAACUGUCAUUAACCCCUAGGUCUAAUUUUAGAUCAGGACUAGAACUCCGGUAAUCUACCUCUUUUUAUUCAGUAUGUCCACACCUAUAAAAUACAUGUUAAGUGUAUUUUGGAUCUUUCAUAUGUAAAACCAUAACCCACAGAUAUUUUAUUAUGUAUUAUAAGGCGCACUCCAAGGUAUGUGAAAUCUUCUUACAGCAACUCUGUAAGCAUCUGGGGUGACUCCUGGCGGUGACGGGUCCGCUGGCUGCGGAGUGGGGAAGGUGUGUUUUUCUUACCCAAACCUGUCCUUCAGAGCUGCCGCCAUGAUCUUUGUACCGUAAAACAAUGCUUGCUUUAGGGAAUCACCCUAUAUAUUGGGUACAGGCUAUUCUACAGAAUUAUUAAGUUAUCACACCCUUUUUGUGCAGUUUUAAACUCUGCACUCCUUUACAAGGUUUCAAGUUAGGUUGGUUUUCCUUUGUGCAUCAGAUUUUUAUUUCCCCGUCCUCUCUGUGCUCAAAUGUCCAUGACCAGUUCUGCUCUUAGAAGUGGUCAUGGUUCAAGGAUUCUGUAUGUGCAGUGUUUCUGAUUGAAAGGCUGCAAAUAUAGAGAUAUUUGCAGUUAUGUGACGGGAGCUAGUUGCACACCCAGCACACGAGAAUUAGACAGCCUAGAACUCUUUCAGGUCUGCCUGAUGUUAAAUCUGUGCAAAAAUUACACUUGUCGUCUGCACAGACUGCGUACUGGCGAUAGACGUAAUGAGCGUCUACAUGUAUAGGAAGUGCUAGGAGCAAGUCUGCAAGUUACUACUCUUUUAACAGACUUUGGGUUUAAAACACGGGGUGGACAUACAAAGUAGUUGGAAAGGGCAGCAUAAAUUUUAAACAAAAAGGGGGAGGGGGCUAUAGUAACCCAUUAAUGAUUCAUUAAAGGGACACUAUAGUCACCAGAACAACUACAGCUUAUUGAAUUUGUUCUGGUGAGUAGAAUCAUUACCUUCAGGCUUUUUGCUGUAAACACUGUCUUUCCAGAGAAAAUGCAGUGUUUACAUUACAGCCUAGUGAUAACUCCACUGGCCACUCCUCAGAUGGCUGUUCGAGAUCCUUCCUGGGUCAUGGUUGCCUAAAAUGCUUCCAAACAUUCAGUAUCUCCUCCCUCUGCAUGCAGACACUGAACUUUCCUCAUAGAGAUUCAUUGAUUCAAUUCAUCUCUAUGAGGAGAUGCUGAUUGGCCAGGGCUGUGUUUGAAUCAUGCUGGCUCUGCCCCUGAUCUGCCUCCUUGUCAGUCUCAGCCAAUCCUAUGGGGAUGCAUUGUGAUUGGAUCAGGCUACCACAUGUCAGCAGGCGGUGGGCAGGCCUAAAGGAAACAGGCUCAAAGCAUGCAGCUGCAGACUCGAAUACAACUAAGCUUUACUAUAUUUAGGGAGGCAUGAGGGGCCCGAGGGGGCUAGAUGGUGGUUUUAACCCUAUAGGGUCAGGAAUACAUGUUUGUGUUCCUGACCCUAUAGUGAUCCUUUAAAGAAACUAUUUUUCAAGUUACCAAUUGAUAAUAGAUUUUAAAUACAUUUUACAAGUUUUGUUUCCAUUAGAAAAAGUGGAAUCUAGUGUUUUUACACUUUUUUUUGUUUGUUUUUUACAAAUGAAUUAGUAGUGAAGGUGAUAAUCUAAAGGGAAAAUUAAAUGGUAAACUAAUGCUGAGAUUUAUUUUAAUGAUCUUGUUAAAUACGACAUCCAAGUGUGAUUCUGAAGAGCUUGCAGUCAGAUUCAUUUACUCCCAUCCCAGCACUGUUAAAGCUAUGACCUCCCGAUGGGAGUGUUAAUGUCAUAUGCAAAGUCUAUUAGCAUCACAAGAGAACUAUUAUGGCAACAUCUAUGAUUUACUCAUUAUCUAUCUAUGUAAAUACCAACACCAAAUGCUGUAAAUAACAAACCCUCACCACAAGGACGUGAAGUGUCUAAACACUAGUUAAAGGGCCGAUCCAGUGUGAAAGACUUAUUUUUGUAAUGUUUUAUACAGAGAAUAUAUUAAAAUAUAUGCAGAGAGAAUGCAUUUAAAGUAGAAACGGUGCUCAUAAGUUCUUCAACCGUUUGCAAUUUUUCUUUGGGCUUUCAUCAAACGAGGUAGUUAAUCAGGCAUUCGGAAAUAAAGCACGUUAGUACAUCAUAGGGCCCUCGACAAGUGGGAAUGUUCCUCAUCAGCUCAUAUAAUCGCACGGCCAUUGAGAUGUCCACGUAUAGGUAAACGAAUAAACAUAAUCAAGAAAAAAAACAAUCAAACACUGAACAUAUAUGAUCCUGCACGCUGAAUGGCACAAACAGGUAUGCGUGUCACGUCUAAUUUUUCAGUUGACCUCCAUAACUGCACACAGGUUAAUGUAUCUCUUAUCACGAGUUCACCUAAGCAUUCAGAUCUAAAGACUGAUUGAUUAUAGUGAUAUAGGUAUUCACAGGAAGCGUGAGGUUGAAACUGUGUUUCUGUCAUCUGUACAGGAAGUUUGAACUGAUACAGACUGUGUGUACAUGCCCGAGUGUCCAUAUGAUGAUUUUCUCCUUUAAAGGCGAGGAAUACAAGCUUGGUCCGCAACACUGCAAUCCUUUUAGAGUGUUUGGUGUUCCUCCAACUUGUAACUGGGUAACGUUCUGCUUGCGUGCAUUUGUUGUACUCGAGGUUUGAAGUUGUCGAAAAUGGUUAUGAAACACGCACUUAUUUUAACAAUAAAAAUAAAAUCUAAUGAUCUGGGGAAAGAAGGGCAAAAUUAGAAUGUAUUACAACUGAUAAAUAUUAAUAGUAAAUCAAGACCAGCGUGAAACUUUUAUUUCGAGUGUAAAUGUCUCUUACGACAGUGCUCAAAAUUCACAUAAAAAGUCUGUUGUCUUUAAAGGGACACUGCAGUGUGGAUUUACGACAUGCUCGCCUCUUGACGUUUACUGAAAUCUCAGAAUCUGCAUCUUUUAUUGGAUGGACUCGUGCUUGCAUGGAAUGCUGGUAUCGGUACCCACAUGUUCUGCAAAGACAAGCAUGUUUUAUACUUCUGUGGUACAUGUCACACACCGGUAAACAUGUCUUAAGUGCUUUCUGUGAUAAGUGAUAAGAGAACUGUAACAGUUCUCGUUUAAAGUAUUCUUAAUGAAACGUUCUUUGAUUGCAGAUAAAGCAAAGGCUGAGUUUAUAUAUUGGCAUAAUCAAUGCAUAUAGCUAAUGAAAUGGUGAUUGGGGGGAGGUCUUAUAAAGGGGAUCUGUCAGAAAUCUCUAAAUACUUGGGACAUCCAUAUUGUUUUCCGUGUGAUAUUUACUAGCAGAGUGGUUCUUAACUCCUGGAUUGAGGUCGACACUCGAACCAGUUGGAGCAGGGUCUUUGGAUUAAUCAGGUUUCAAGCAACUGCCCACAGUGAGUUGUUUUCAGUACUACCACAGCUUAUUGCAGUUUUCCAAAGGAAAGAUGGGUCACCAGGCUCAAACCAGGUGCAUGUCAUGGUUUCCUGGAGAAGAAAGAACAGUUAACAUACCAGUAAACAUGGUUUAAAUGCUUUAGUGGGUUCAUAAGAGAGAGCGAGAAGAAACCCAGGGAAUUCAGGAGAAGCCAGCAUUGUAUAGCAGAAAGUUCUGUGCCAUAAUUCAGAGAUUUUAAUAUGUAAUAAUUAACCAAACUCCAAGUAUCAAAGCUGGAUGAAAAAUAAAUAUUACAAAGGGCCAUCUGUAAACAUUCUCUGCAGUUGUCCGCAGAUUGCAAGCCAUAUUCUGAUGAUGCCGAACUUCUGAAAAUGAGCUGUUGAUAAAAACAGUGGUAAAUCCGCAAUUUAGCCGCCAAGUCCUGCAGGAUUGAAAUGAAUGGAAAUUACUUAUUAAUAGCAAGAUACUGUGGGGGGGAGGGGAGAAAGCCUUUAUUUAUUUUUUUAUAGAAUUACAUUUAUUGUUUUUCAAAACACAAUACAUAAAGAAAAAGGGAAAGUAAGAUACUCCUCUCGCAGAGCAUUUUUCAUUCACACAUACAUAUAUGUAUACUUAUAUAUACAUAGAAUGUGAUGGCAGAUAAGAACCAUUCGGCCCAUCUAGUCUGCCCAAUUUUCUAAAUACUUUCAUUAGUCCCUGGCCUUAUCUUAUAGUUAGGAUAGCCUUAUGCCUAUCCCACGCAUGCUUAAACUCCUUCACUGUGUUAACCUCUACCACUUCAGCUGGAAGGCUAUUCCAUGCAUCCACUACCCUGUCAGUAAAGUAAUACUUCCUGAUAUUAUUUUUAAACCUUUGCCCCUCUAAUUUAAGAAUAUGUCCUCUUGUUGUAGUAGUGUUCUUUUUAUUGUGUACUGUGUUGAUUCCCUUUAUGUAUUUAAAUGUUUUAUCAUAACCCCCCUGUCUAGUCUUUCCUCUGAUCUAUACCCAUAUAUGCACAUCACACAUAUGCAAAAGAAAAAAAGGCCUUUUAGGGAGACUCAUUAAACUGGCAAUUACCAGGGAAGAUUGCAGAAGUGGAUAAUUUUUCCAGUUCCCCUAAUAUGGCAUAAAAUGCCCUGUUUAAUUCCCACAGUGCUAAUUUAUUGAAUAACCCAAUCUAUGCUUUGCCUCACUAAUUAAAUUCUUAUGUGCUUUAGGAGCAUCGUUAUGGUGAUCCGUAUAAUGAAAUGCUGGACAUUAAGAUCUGCAUUUGUAACUUUCUUUCUGUGCCCUCUCUGAGUGUAAAUCACAUUUAAAGGGACAAUAAUGCGCCAACAUAAAACACUUUUACAGAUAAAAUCGCUUGUUUUUACUGAUGUCAUUGAACUUCUCUUUUGUGAAUUUUCUUGCAGUUCAUUAGACAUUGGAGCAGUUAUUACGAGCAACAGGCAGGGAAAACAAAUGACUUGGGGAACAUGUCUUUUUUGGUGGCGAUAGUUCUGCUUUACCUCCUCCCAAUAAAUGAUAUUGAAGCACUUAGUGUGCAGAGGAGCUACGUGUAAAACACGCCCCAGUCUCUGAUAUCUUCUCACAAUGCUCUAAGUGCACUGUAUACCCUCAGGAGUCUGCUUUGAAAUGUGCGGUAGGAACAAGCUUUCCUAAGUAUUUAGCUUCCGUAGUGCUGGGCCAAAACGGAUUGUAAUGUAUUACUGUUACAGGCAGCUUGCCAUACGAUGUAAAUUAAAAUAAAGAUUAAUUAAAAAAUUAAUACAUAAUUAGCACAACACACAGCAUAAUGCCAUCAAAACAAUUCCACUCUAGCCCCAUUGAAUGUGGUUCCUUUUAUGUUUUUUAAAGUUCCCUAAAAGUGGUAAAUGUAAAAUGGGGAGGAAUAUUGAUUUUGCAAAUCCAGAAUCCGAUAAUCAUGAAGGUCUUUUCAUGCAUCAUUAUAAAGAUGUUCCUAUAUUAUUUUUUUUUAUAUCACUGUAACUCCUAUCAUCCAAAGCUAUCUGAAAGUAGGUUUGGCAGAUUGUUUUGUGUUUGCUGUACAUCUGUAUUCUGUCGAGCUGGACUUUGAAGGCAUUGGAAUUUACAAACUCUCAUUGUGAAAUCCGUUAAUCAGUGCUUUUAAAUCCUGCUGGACAACAUGUAGAUAUCAAAAGACGAUCUGGCAACAUUGUCAGACGGUGAACCCCAUUGUUAUUUAACUUUGGGUUGGGAGUGUAACAUUUACCCCAACCCAGAUUGGAUUGAUAUUAUUCUGCAAGGAUUUCUUUUUUGUUUAUUUUACAUUGCCCGUAUUCGCUUUUCCUUUUUUCCUCCUGGCAAACCAUAAUUUCGUCUUGCUACCCAUUUUGUUUGUUAAAGGACCACUAUAGUGCCAGGAAAACAUACACAUUUUCCUGGCACUAUAGGGUCUCUAGGUCCCCCUCACCCUCUGGGCCCCCCUUCCGUCGGGCUCUAGGGGGUGGAAGGGGUUAAAUCUUACCUGUUUUCCCCCACCGGGCUCCCUCGGCGCGGGGAACUCUCCUCCUCCUUUUCGCCGUCAUUGGCUGACCGCGCACGCAUUCAGUCAGUCCAUAGGAAAGCAUUCUCAAUGCUUUCCUAUGGACACUGGCGUCUUCUCACUGUGAAAAUCACAGUGAGAAGCAUGGAAGCGCCUCUAGCGGCUGUCAAUGAGACAGCCACUAGAGGCUCGAUUGAACCAUUUGUAAACAUAGCAGUUUCUCUGAAACUGCUAUGUUUACAGUAGAAGGGGUUAAACCUAGAUGGACCUUGCACCCAGACCACUUCAUUAAGCUGAAGUGGUCUGGGUGCCUAUAGUGGUCCUUUAAACAAUGAGUCAUUUUCACUAAUGUCGUUUCUAGAUGGUCGUUAAACGAUCCAUAGACUGUUAGGAGGAAUGCAAACCUAUAUUCCUGUCCCUAUAGUGUUAAAAACACCUUCUUGCACUCCUAAAUAUAGUAAAAUCUUGCCUUUAUUCCAGUCUACUGCUGCUGGCUCUGCCCCUGAUCUGACUCAUUGGCUGACAUCAUCACAAGUGAUGAUCUUAGCCAAUUACAAUGCUUUCCCAUAGAAACGCAUAGGCUUGGCUGAUAGUAAGGAGGCAGAUUAUUGGCAGAGCAAGCACAAGCCAAACACGGCCCUGGCCAAUCACCAUCUCCUCUUAGAGUUGCCUUUUCUCUGAAAAAAGCCUGAAGGGACUGAUUAUACUCACCAGAACAAAUACAAUAAGCUGUAGAUGUUAUGCUAACUAUAGUGUCUCUUUAAAUGGAUGCUAAUAUUGCACACCGUUAAUCAAACUUAACAUUUGUUGCUGUCCAUUGCAGCACAUUUCAAUUCAGACCGGUGGUGUAACAUCUGAUGAGAUUGAGUAAUGAUGGUCUAGUAGUGUUACAAAAAGAAUUACUGAAACUUUUUUUCCCCCUUCUAGACUACUUUUUGCAUCCACUUCUGACUAUUCUAAAUCUCACUGGCUUCUUUGAGCUGUUGAUUCCUCGGCCACAUUCAGAUUGCCGUAAAUCUAUAGACCAUUAGGAGGCAGCUCUAGAUCUCUCUGUUCUCUUCGCACCAACCGAGGUGUCUCUGCCCUCAAGACUUGCUCUAUUUAUUUGCCGGCUUGAAUAUAGCAUUGGCUAUAAAGUAACUGGGUAGGUAGUCUCGUUAUUCAUUCCCUGAUGCUAUUCACACAGACCGGGGUGUCCAGCCUUGGUCUGCCACCAUUGAAGAAAGAGAAAAAAAAUGCAUAUUUGUUCAUAUUUCACUUUAGCUAAAACAUGAACUUUUGUGCCGUUGGAAAUAAAAUGUCUUUUAUGAGAUUGCAAUUAGAAAAUCCCCAUGCCACAUCAAGAGAAUUGCAAUUAAAGAUCGGAGCAGUGGCAGCGUGCUCUUUAAUUAGAAACUCUUAUUUGCCCUAAGCCGCAGGAAGUUUUCCUUUGAGUUUUUCCACUAAAUUAAAGGGAAUGUGUCAAAGCCCAAAAUAGAAUAAGUUAAAAUCCAAAGAAAUGUUAAUGCAUAUUAUAAGGAAUUAAAGACCAUUGCUGCAGCUGUUCUACUUGUAUGGUUUAACUUUUAAAAAAAAAGUUAUAUUUGAAUGAAAGCAUCUUGGCACUCCAUCAGUGUUCCCUAAUAUGGGUUCUACUUACCUCUAUCACCACCAUCAUACAAUUUAACUAGUAGGGUGCUUGGCCUCCGAUGCUCUGGAGGCUGCUGGAAGAGGUGUGUGCAUUCUCUAGUGCACACAACUCCUGCUGGGGCUAGUGCUAAGGUUGUUGGAGCAAGAUAAAAAUGCAUUAUAUCCCCCUCCGUUCCAGAGACCCUCUUCCUGAUUCUUGUAAAUGUAUUUUUAAAAAUCAAGUUCAGUUCUCUGAUAUACAGAGAGGCUGUUGAUCCUUACUAUGCCAAUCUGCUCUCUGGGUCCUCUGAUAGUAUCAGAUAAUGCACACCCACUCCAGUACCAGUUGGGCCACAAGGGCAACAACUGUAAUUCCCUUUACGGCAAAACAUAAAUAUAAUAAAUAAAAGAUAGGCCUCCUGGAAUUCAGUUAGCUUUGAUAUGUCAAAUCAUAGGCUUUAUGCCAGUUUAUGGAUGGGUUACCCAGUAAUGGCGCAAACAGUUUAGUAAUGGUUUGCCCUCUUACCUCGAUCCCCACCAGGCUUUGUGGCUCCUUCUAUGUCUACUGACGCUAUCCGGGUUUCUGCAGAAGCUGGACUCUGAUCCAAUCAUCAUUGGCCGAAAGUAUCAGCUUAUCACUCUCAGCCAAUGAUAGGUAAAGUGUGCAAGGAAAUAUGCACAGAAUUGACAUUAGACUCUAGUUCAGGACCAGCUGAUGACACCCCAAUAAUACUGCUUGUGGGGGAGUUACACCUCCAGCCGCAGAGGGGUUAAACUCCAUUGGUGUGGCGUUUCAUAGUAAAACACUGCACAUACAGACUCCAGGCACCACGACCACUUUAAAUCAAUAAGUGGUCAUGGUGUUUUGGAGCAACUCUUUAACACGCCAGAAGCAUGUAGUUUGCUGUGUUUCUUUGAGGGUUUGUUUGUUUGUUUUUCAAGGCAUUUCAAUAUAGACCUACAUUUCCUUUCCAUAAUACUUGUGGUCCUGGGGAAGUGUUCCGUGACUUUGCAUGCAUUGAUCCCAGGAUAGACUCUUGAGGAACACCACUAACGACUAUUAACUCCGGUGAACCCUCUCCAUUCCCCACAAUGCACUGUCAGCAGUCUUUUCGUUUGUCAGGAAACCGUGAUGUCAUUUUCCUAAAAAAAUAAAUAAAAUUAAAAAAAGCAUUCACAUGACCUCUGUAGAAGAGCUUCAAACACUUCCAGCCAUCAAUAAAUUACAUUAACAAGCAUUUUAUUGGUUCAAAUGGUUUCCAUUUACACAAUAAGGACAGGAUGUGUUUCUGUAUACUAAUGGCUACUCUUUACAUCCUAAUGUUUAGGCAUAUUAAACACUCGCUCUAAGCCAAGAUGUGGCUGUCAGGGGUUUUGUUGACCGGUCUUGUAGCUACUAUUCCCUUGAUACUCAGUUACCUUACAAGCUACCACUGUUAUAGUAGGGAUUUUAUAAAGAAAAGGCAGUGUUUAUAUUGAUCAUUUUUUCCAAGCGGAUGGAAAGCUCCUUACACAAUGGUAUAAGAGCAUCUGCUGAUGUAAAUAGCCCAGGAAUGUAGUGUGACAACACUGGUUUUGUGUCAUAGUGCAAUUCUCCCCACACCCUUAGCCUGCAAUAUAACUUGUCAGACUGACCAGAAUUGUAGGAGUCAUUGUCAAAGUCUGUGUGUUUAGAGUUUAUAGAAUUGAAGUCAGUUGUGAGCCACAGAUAAAAAUAAUUCACCCAGAAAUCUUUGGACUGGGUUAUGUUUUGUUUUUUGUUACUUGUUAUCCCUUUAAGUCAGUUUAAGGAAGAAGGAGGUGGCACACACUUAUAAAGAAACAUUCUAAGCAAUAAAACAGUGUUAGUUUAAUAAAUCUAUAGAUCUACCAUUUAGGUACCAUCACUUUUUGUUUAUUUUUGUGCUUGCCUUUGUGAAUAACAUGUUUCAUUUUUAAUCAGAUUUUACAGCACAGUGUUUUUACUUUAGAAAUCCCUACCUCCUGCUCUGUUAUUUAAACUUUGAUCACACGUUGGAGGCUGCUGUAGACUCUUGCAGGCAAUUAACAGAGCAGGAGAUGAGCAUUUCUAAAUUAAACACACUGUGCUCUAAAUGAAGUGUGUAGGUGUCAGUGUAAGUCACAGCCAUGGCAGGUGUGGCUAGGGCUGCAUAAACAACGUGAUUUAUCUUCUAAGUGGCAAAGUAUUGAGGAGUUGAUACUGCGGGGAUAUGAUCUACACACCAAAACUUUUCAUUAAGCUAAAGUUAUUUUGAUGGUGUCCCUUUAAGAAUGAAAAAAAACAUAAUGUAUCUUAUUGUUCAGAGUGGCCUUGCUCCUCAAUAAAUACAGACAGACCAGGCACAGAAGCCUUAUGCAGAUUUAUUAGGAUUACCAAGCAAUGCUUCAGCUCAGCAGUCAAGCUCUUGUCCAUCACAAUGUUUGACACUGAGAACCAUUGGGUUCCUGCUAGGCAUGCGCAGCAGUUACCGAGCUCAGAAAUUCGCAUCCUUCACAAAGAAGCAUUAAAGUCGGAGCUUCUCAUAGAGAAGGUUUCAUUUCAAAGUCUUCAGCGAUGUCAAACAUAAAGACAUCCAAUUAUUGAAAGACUUCACUAGAAAGUGCCUUUAGUUGCUGUCUAAUAACCACAGAGACAUUCUGACUGACGAAUGUAAUCAUUGCCCUUUCUCACAAAGAGCAAUGCUUUCAUUUGUCAGAGUGCAGGGAUGGGGUCUAAGCACCAAAACCACAACAUUAAGAUGUAAUGUUUUUGGUGAUUAAAGUGUCCCUUUAAAGGAUUGCUGGGCCUCGAAAGCUGAUCUCAAAGUGCUGUGUAAUGUCAGUAUCUACUGUAUAUCUUUGGUGUGCACAGCUCUCUUUAUUAAUUGUGAACCUUAAAGUAGACAAGCCACACGGCAUUCCCUGGAUCGUCUUAAAUUAUAUAUCCUUCAUAUUCCUAUGAAUGUAUGCACCAUUACCACUUCACUUAUUUGAGUGUAUGCAGUGUAUGAAUGGAUGCACCAUUACCACUUCACUUAUUUGAGUGUAUGAAUGUAUGCACCAUUACCACUUCACUUAUUUGAGUGUAUGAAUGUAUGCACCAUUACCACUUCACUUAUUUGAGUGUAUGAAUGUAUGCACCAUUACGACUUCACUUAUUUGAGUGUAUGAAUGUAUGCACCAUUACCACUUCACUUAUGUGCAGUACUUCCCUAUAGAUACACCUUUGCUGCUGGAAGUGUAACUCCACCUCGCUCACCGUCAUUGUCCAGCCUGGAAGAAGAGUUCUUCCGUGGUUGCUUCUCCAGCUGUUUGAGAUCUCACUCUGUUUACCUCCUCGUCUCCUUUACAUUUUAAUAGUAGUUGCAUCUUUCCGGUGCUACCCCUCAUCUCAAAUCUCCAUUAUAACUUUUAGAUUAUAAGCUCACAGGCCAACUAAGCAUUUUGUAUUAAAGCGCUUCAAUGGCUAGAUCUCCGCUCCUGUGCAAGGCCCUCUUUAUGUUUUGUAUUGGUCUGUAUAUAUUGUACUGCCUAUUUCCCCUUAUUAUACAGCGCUCCGGAAUAUGUUGGCACUUUAUUAAUGCCAAUAAUAAGGGUACGCAAUUAGUUAUAUGCUGACUCCCAAAUUUGCUUUUCUUACGUGGAAUCGCCAUAUUGUAUGUCCUUUUCUUCAUUUUGAUCUUUUUCAAAACGAUUGGAUCCGAAACUAUUAGUUCAUUUUCCACUGAUUCGGAUGCUUCUGAAUUUUAGCUGAAAUUUGUUGCGUUCCAAAACUAAUUGCACAUCUUAAUUCAAUAUUUGGUUGGAUUAAAACUUUAAGCUGAACAUUUCAGGUUAAACUCAACACUGAUUGCGGUAGAUUUUUUAACAAGUUUUUUGUUGAAUCUAUCAGGUAGAAACUGCUUAGAAAUUCUCCUAGUUAGAUUAUAGAACUGGAACACAUAAGUGAAAAAAGUUACCCCUUGAUUAUUAUUUUUAUUUUAUUUUUAUGUUUUUUGGAUUUAUGUUAACUUUGGUUAGUGAACUUACUAUGAGGGCAAAAGGAAUGUUGGGAUACUUACCUUUUUAUCCUUGGUUUCUGAGUCAUGUUCAAACCACUAAUAUUGUAAAGCGCUGUGGAAUUAGUUGGCGCUAUAUAAAUACCAAAAAUAAUAACUACGCUUCUGCUGACUGUAAUAUAAUAACGUUUCUCUGCUGAGAAGGUGACUGUGCCACCGCUUACUGUUAUUUCAAUUUGCUGAAACAUGCAUGGGAUAUUUUAUGUGUCUGUGUGCUUAGUUGCCUUAGGACUAAGUAUAGCUUUAUUCUGAAUACAGAUGUGGUUCACCGAAUUCUAGGCCUGGAAAUGCUUUUCCUACACCUUAGUUUAGCUCAGGGGGCUUACCUUUUACAGUUUUGCAAGCUUGCAUAGCCCUGACAUGGUAAACGAAGUCUACUGCAGCUGGCUUACCAGAUGUUUACUAUCACUGCUCGUAGUCCUAGAGAACACGUGGCGAUCCAGCUGUUAACACAUUGCUAUUCUCACGAUCCUUCACCAGCCUGUGUGCCAUAACUGUAGAUGGUAGAGGAUUGUGGGAGUUUAUCUGUAGCCUUACAGCAACAGGCUGCCCAUGCCUAUUUUAGAUUAUAAGAGAUGGCCGUGAGAUUCUUUUACAGCAAAACCUUACUGAAAAUAAAUUUUCGACAUGGCUAUCAAUUUCUAUCAAUAAUGUCUACAUGUACAAAUUUAAUAAAUAUUUCAGCUUUGUUUCCUGACACUUUGUAUACAGUAUAUAAGAAAAAGUGGUCUGUGUGCCAGGGACCUGUAGCUUUAACCCUAGAAUUGAAAACAGUGUAGUUUUGUAGGAACUACAGUCAUAACACUGCAGGGUGUUAAACACACCUGUAUUGGCUGUCUUCCUCUACAAUCAGUGAGUGAAACUCAUAGGAAAACAUUAACUUAAAUUUUCCAGUUAGAAUCGUUUGGACGUGCCUGGCUCACCGCGCAUGCGCAUCAGUCCCCAAAGCUCCGCUACGAGGAACAUUGGUUCGAACUAUUGACCAGAGAGCCAAAGUAUGUCACUGGAGAUGGACCAGGUGACAGCACUAAGGGGGUUUCAGAUCUGGAGAAAAGGUAAGUAAUAGUUUUGGGGGGUUUUCCCCCUAAUGCUAUAGUGUUCCUCUACCACGUUUCCAGUUGUCCACACCAGAUAAUUCCAUUACUGAGCACUUACAGUAAAACUUUACAAAAUCAUGGCAAAGCGCCCCUGUGAUAUGUAGAUGCUGUACAUAUCCUGUCUAUCAGAUUUGUAAAACGCAGCUCUUUACGCCAGUGCACACGUGAAAAUCUAAAUAAAUGCUGUGCACCGUCCUGGACAUUUUUCUCUUUAGGGGUUCACUCCUAACUCAUCAGAUGUUCAGAACAGAGUUGGCUUUGGAUCAGUUUUAAAUCUCUCUGACAGCACCAAGCCAAGCAUUAUUAAUGCUGUGUUGGGAUCAAGUGACAGAAACCUCAAUGUUUGAUAGUGUUCUCACAUGUCUGGAAAGCUUUUAACAUAUUGUAAUCUUAGUUUUAAUGACACUUGGUUCGGUGCCAUUGAGAGCGUUCCAACACUUAAAGGAACACUCCAAACACAAACACGUUGUGUCUGGAGUCUGUGAUUUUUCUUGGUAGUUUCUAAAAGUUUCUUUUGAAAUCGGCACACAUAUUUCUUCCUCUUCCGUUCCACAGAACCAAUGGAAGCAGGAGGUGUGCUGGGCUACUGUACGACGACCUCCCCCAUCUCAGUCAGUUGUGCUACAGCUCCUUGAGAAACAUAGGAAGGUUACGAUCACGUGCACCUACGCACAUGCGCAGUCUCCGCUCCACAUAGCAGAAGCCUCUGAUUGGAGUUAUACCCGGGACAGACUGAAAGUCAGUGCUGAGCUAAAAUGGCUGCACACAGGAGGUCCCGAAGACCCCCAAAGAAAGCAUGCAGAAAAAAAAUAUAUGCAUCUUUUCUUUGCUGGUAUAUCUAUUAAACAAAAAAAAAAAAAAAGGUUUCAAUGUAGUGUUCCUUUAAUCCAAUUCGGUGCCAAACUUCUCUGAGGAAUGGACCCCUGUUUUUUGUUUGUUUGUUUACGAUGUGUAUUGUAUGUCUUUUGCAGAUUUGGCAUUCUGUUUUCACUUCAACAGAGUUCUUUUUUUUUUUUUAUAUAACUAGUGGGCAUGUGACCAUUAUCUACACAUGCAUGUGAUAAACAUAUUUAGAAACAACUGACAUAUCCCGUAGACAGUGUAGAAAUACUCUGCGUUUGUUUUCUACAGAUGUAAAUUGUUAUAAUUAUUGUAGAAUCUAGACUCUAAGGAAGAUUUUGUUCACACCAUAACCUCAAGCUGAACAAAACUAAUCCAGGACUGAAGGAAGUGAAAAUACCUUCUUCGCCAUGUCCGAGUCAGGGGAGCUGUGAGUUUUACAAAUCAAUACCAUGUAAGCCACUCUCAAAACUCAGAGUGGGUGCAUGGUACACUCUGCACCAUGCACUCUGCAAAGUUGUUAUGGUGCUUCGACUGACCCAUAAAGGGUUACUCCAAUCAUCCUAAUCCAUACAGCCCACUGUAUGUGGCCAGGAGUACCAUUACCCAGUCCCCUGCUCUCAUACAAUGACUGACUAUCUGUGCGCAUAGUGAACAAAAAUAUAAAACAUUGUGGUUCAUGCAGUUUUUAUCUCUGAUACAUUUUCAAGGUGGUAGUAUUCACUCACAGAGUUUAGUGGCAACAAUGUAUAACUGCAAAUACACGGUAGCAAAUUGUCCAGUGUCUCACAAGGUGCUGUUUGCUUUAAAAACAAUGAUUUUAUUUUAACUUGCUUAAAAACAUUCUUCAAUAGAUAAAACAGACUCACUCACAUUUGCUUCAUGGAAAAAGUCCAGUGCACACUACACACAAGUUAAAAGUGCUGUGGAGGGUAGUAUGCCAUCUACCAGGAAAAGUAUAAAUGUUGAAGUCCACAGGCGUCACAAUGUAGGGUGAAGAGGAUUAAGGCCUGAAGUCUGAAACGUUGUAUCUUUUUUGUCCUUUACCUCUACCUUCAGCCUACAUUGUGACGCCUGUGGGCUUUAACGUUUAUUUUUGCUGCAUGAAAUUUCCACAAGGGAAGAAAACAACACGUUUGUUGUAAACAUACUUUUUAAGAUCCUUGCAGUAUGUUCACACAAACCUCAGGUUCUGGCCUGGCUGAUGAUACCUCAAUGACACUGCUGGAAGUGGAGUUACACCUACAGCGGCCAAGGAGUUAAACUCCAAACACUGUAACCUCUGCACAUCACUGAAGUGGUCAUGGUGCUUGGACUAACCAUUUAAGGUGCUUAUACUAGGGAUAUUGUGCAUUGCUGAACACAUUUCCCGAUAAAUAACACGUUAAAAAUAAUCCUUUCAAAAAUCUAGUUUCUGCCAUUUCACAGCUAUCUUCCCAUCUCACUGGAUGGACGUUAUCCUCACGUGCUCUGUAUAAUAUCCCACCGGCAUUGUAUGUUUUUUCCAUGAUAAAUGCUCUUUGUUGACACUUGAAAGAAAGAAGUCCGCAUCAGAAAUCACAUCAAACUGUAAUAUUUUUUAAUAAUGUAAUGCUGCAGACUUGGUGGUUUUAUUGAGCCAUUUACAAACAUUUAACCAAUGUUGGUUCUCUAACUCAGCUGUAAUCCCAACUUUUUUCCUUUGUUCCAUUCAGAUUUAAUUGUUGCAAAAACUAGUAAAUAAUCUUAAACGUAUCACACACUACCCUCCUCCCCCAUACAUUUUGUUGGUGUGUAAAUUGUCUAGCACGUGCUGGCUGUGUGUAACUUGUGUUUGUGUUGUCUGUAAUAUGAGGAGGAGAGUUAUGAUCCCUGGUCAUCCAGUUGGGGUUAAACUCUAUGGUGGUUGAGUGUGGGAGCAUGUGGUCUGAAUCUCCAGUGGGUACAGACUUAUAUUGACUCAUUUGUAAGUGCUGGGAUCAUGAGAGAGUGAAUUCUUUACACUGAACCUACUGCAAGUACAGACCAAGUGCUCCCUGCGUCUGCCCUAACACCCCUAGAACGUCCUGUAUCAGCCCUGAUAAUUUGACAAAGAAAGUCUAAAAGCAAACGGAAACUGCCUACCCAGCACAUGGGCGAUAGUAAUUCCUCCUCCCUGAUCAUGGUAAAACGAGAGGUGAUUCAGGGAAAAGGUUUUGUUUGGCGCAAUAACUAUAUUUACUAAAUAAACCAAAUGUUCUUGAUUGCAGAUUUUCCGCAAUUAGACAAUCUUUAGUAAAAUUCUUAGCUGGAAUCAAUGGAGGGGACUUUCAGACCAAAAGUCAUCACAAAUCUUUUUUUUUUUUUUUUUAAUGGGUUUCGAGAACUAGUUUUAGAUGUGCAGUACUAACUAAUAAACAACUUUAUAUACCAGGCCUGGCAGUCAUCGGUGUUUACUAAUAAACAGCUCCCAGUGAACACACCAACUUCUGUAGCAAAGGUAGUUUUAUAGGAUUCCACAGCAUGUCCAGAAUCGCAGUUUGUAUGUGCGUGAAUAAUGGUUGUAUUCCUGUUUAUUUUCGUGUAUACCUGUAUUUGGGAUUUAAACUAGUCACUAAUUGUAAUUUUUAUAUAUAUUUUUUGGUUUUCUCUUCUAGGGACAAUAAAAUCAGAUACUGAAAAAGGUAAAAAAUUUAUAUCCUUUUUUGAAAACUUUUUUAUAUAUAUUUAUUUUGUUUUGUAAUAAUCUGAACUUUGCGUAUCUUGCUUACUACCUUGCUAACGAUUAGGAUCCAACAAGCUUAUUGUAAGAAGAAUCCGACAGUCCAUAAAUACACCUGUUUGCUCCUUGUCCCACACUUUUUUUUUUCGCUGAACAAUACUAUUUUAUUGUUUUUCUUACAAUGUUCGUUUUUUUUCCCCUUCCUAUCACACAGCUAUCUACAUGGUGGUUUUCCACAUAUUUUUCAUUAUGUUUGUGUGGUCCUAUUGGAAGACAAUAUUUUCAAGUCCUGCUAAUCCGUCCAGAGAGGUAAGCAGUGUCAUUUAUUAUGGCCCUGGUAUUACUGUACCUCGGAGCUAAUCUGUUGCCUUGUAACAUAAUAAAACGACUAAAUAUGACCUACGUAAGCUCAUUGAGUGUUUCCUCUGCAUCUUAUUAAAAUGUUGUCUCGUCAUGUGUGUGUGUAUCAUUCAAUAGUGCCUUGAUGGUGUAUUCAAAUCGCAAAUUCCCAUUUUGUCACUGAAUUACAGAUCAUUUCUGUUUAUUGUAUGUUUAUUUAAUACAUACUCUUCCCCAUACCUAUGCAUCACUGGAUAAAACUGUAUGAGACUGGACCUUUUGAUCCGGUUACACUGUCACUUUAAUCUGUAUCUUGGCAAGAAAGAUUCCUUGCCCAACAGAGGUUUAGAUGAAUCAUUCAUUGAGCGGCCUACCCUGCUGCACCAUUGACAAACAAAGCUUGAAUGCAUUUUCCUUGAAAACAAACUAGUCCUAGGAGGGGCACCACGGCCUAAUUAUUCAUCCUUAUUCAGCUCUGGUAAUUUGGGUAGCUCUGUAUAGUACUGCAAAUCACGCUGGACAAUGAAGAGUGUUUCUGUUAGACAUGCAUGGCCAAUUUCUAGUUCUUUUGCUGUUGUGGGACUACAUCUCCAAUGAUGCUUUGCCAGUCUUAAUUUCAUGAUAGAAAGCAUAAACCAGCAUGCAGGAGCAAACUUCUACACUAUUAGCCAGAUCUAAAAGUUACUAGCCACUGCAAGUCUGAAGGGUUCAUUGCACACUAACCAGGAGCACAUUACUGCUCACCAGGGCUGAAUUUUCACUUGCCAAAAGUUAAUGCGGAGUGGAAAUGUUGAGCCCUGCUACUUGUGUCUGUGAAGUUUCAUGUUAAAUGUGAUUGUUCCGUAAACAGUAUCAGCUCAUAUGAUACAUUGCAGGUUAUUUCAAAUACCCUUUGUUCCUGAAUGCUCUAUAGCAGAUACUUAACAGAAUAAGCAGGUGACUAGAAUAUGAAUUCAUUUUGGCUAUUUUUAUUUUCAGUUUACCCUCCGUGGGAAAUAUUUUUAUAAUUUGUGUAAGGCAGAUAACCAUUGUUAAUAGUGAUAAACACAACCCAAAGCACAUGGGUUUUGUCCAACUCCUCGCCCUGCAAAAAAAACUGUACUUCAUGGUCACAAGAGUUUGAGUAACACUAUCGAGUGGUCAUGUGAACUGUGACUUUCAUUUACUGAUUUUUAGUGAAUGCUGGUAAAUGGAAAACAUUAAAUGUGAGAACACUGGCGUAUGAACAUAAAUUUCAGACCUACACAUAGAACAGGGGUGGGCAACCUUUGGCACUCCAGAUGUUGUGGACUACAUCCCCCAUAAUGCUCUUACACCCAUAAUGCUGGCAAAGCAUCAUGGGAGGUGUAGUUCAAAACAUCUGGAGUGCCAGAGGUUGCCUGUGCCUGACCUAGAAUGAUCAACAGAUUAGGCCUGUCGAAAUACAGCUUGUUUUGACUGAUGAGGAGUUAUUUGUGAGAUAGGGCAUGCAGCCCCAGGCCAACACCAAGCCUACAAUGAGUUAAAAACCAAUCAAGUGGAAAUAGGAUUUCUCAGAACUGAUGUCAACCAGAAUGAGCCCUGUAGAAUGCAUCAAUAAAAGUAAUGAUCGGUGGAAUCAGUAUGAACUGAUCUUAGCACCAAUUUCACCCAUUCACAGAAGGUAGAUCCAUUGAGGGGUUAUAUAAUAAGUGCAAUUCUAGGGUGAAUUUUAUUUUAUUUUUCAGAAGGAUCCAUUUCUAAAACUGUAUAUUUUUUUUUAAAUUUGUAAUAGAGUGUACCCUGUUCUAGAAAUAAGUCUGUUGAACUCCUAACUCCUAUAUUAAAUUCUUGAAAAAGGUGAAUUGGUGAGACUCGAUUUGCAUGGGGAUUUCCCGUGGAGUUACCAUCAUUAUGAGACUUUUAUCCAUCAGAAGUUAACUGCGAGCGAUCACAUCCCUGGGGGCUGCGGAAGGUGCCCUAGGUCCUUGUUUUUCAACCAGUGGAACCAAAGGCAGGGGAUUCGCCAAGAGUUGGCCGACUGGUUACCUUCGUGCUCCCAGAGGGGAAGCCAGCUGUGCGCUAAGGAAGAGUAAGCACCUGCUUACCGUAAUGGUAGAUGCCUACUCUGCCCAAAUACUGUUCCCGGGAAGAGAAGUGAAGCGGAGGCGGCUGUAAUCUUCAUGAUCUUCACGCACUGCUCCCUGCGAUGAUGCCGUAGCUGGGUUAUGAUGUCACUCUGGCCUUGGCAUCUCAAAAUGGCGCUCGAGGGAGCUGUGCUGGAAGAGUAGGAACCUAACACAAAUCCACACUGGAUCCCAGGGAAAGGAGACUGAUCCCAAAGGUAGAGAGACUGAGUGGACUUAAUAAAAAUAAUAAAUAAUAAGUUGUUUCUGUCAGUGUGUGUCUUAACGUUUUUGUAACCUUAUAAUUGCCUAUAUGUAAUAGAAGUUCUUUUCAUUUACUCUCCUGAAGAUACAUUUAUGUAUCUGUAAAUCCCAGAUAUAAUAACAUUAUUUUAUUUCCCUCUAGUUUUGCCUAUCUCAGUCUGACAAGGAGAAGUAUGAACGAGAAGAGAGGCAAGAGUUCCAGCAGGAGAUUCUUAAAAAGGCAGCUAAAGACUUGCCAGUCUACACAAUGACUGCGACCAAAGGUACUAGUUCUUCUUCUACUUUUGGAUGACAUAAGCAUGCUUGCUGGCAUAAGCAUAGUGUCACUGUGUGACCACUGAUACCGUGAACCUGUGAUGGGGACUUUGGCAUCAUUGAUCUGUGUUAGCUACAUGUCUUAAGCUCUCUGAGCCCCAUGGGAAAUGUAGUUCACAAAUACCUCUGGUGCAAUUCUUUGCCAUCAUGGCAUUUGCUCGAUUUAUAAUGAACGUAUUCCUGCAUUUCAGAAGGAGAUUGAGGUUAAAUGAUAACAACGUGUACAUUAAAUUUAAAACUGUAACUAAAAAUAUAAUAAACCAGGGCAUGUUUAAAACGGCAUCUUAUUGUUUUGGGCAUAAUUUUUUUUUUUUUUUUAAUACAUGCAUCCAGUUUUAUUUUAUGAAUUUGUGUGCUACCAAAAACCUCAUCAUUCCAUCUCAAGAAUUGGGUAUCCUAUCAUUCCAUUAAUUAAUGCAUUCUACACCGGACCUGAUGGCUAGGGAGGACUGAUUGAAUGAAUUAAUGACCUCUUGGUUGUCUUUUUUCACUUCCUGCUUAUCUUUACUGCCUUAACUUAGUGUCUUAAGUCACUGCAGUCUUUUCCAUCUGCUGAGUUUCACUCAGCAUUAUGAUGAUUACAGCAGAUACAAUGCAGAUAGACAGCUAUGCCAGCUCACUGCUUGAGAGCAGAUGGCCCGAUGAAAGGUUUCUUUAAAGGCCUAGCUUAGUACGAUGUCGGUUAAGAUGUGUAGGUUGUGAUUCUUAAAGACGUACUAUAUGCUAAAACUGCACCCGCCACAGGUAAUCUAGUCCUAUGUUACUAUUGAGGCCUUAAAUGUUACUCUCCACUACAAGCCUGGAAGUUCGGUAGCAUACUCCCUCUACUCCCCAGGGCUGCAUUUUCACACCCCAAUAGCUGGUGACGAGUGUAAAUGUUGAGCCCAGGAUAAUGCAUGACAAUUUUAAAAACCAUAAAUACAAAGAAUACUUACCUUCAAAGUUCUUUAUGAUUCUACAGUUUGUGUAUGCCGAAACAACAGGAAACUGCUCCACCAACCAAGCAUUUUCAUUCUGGUCUAUGGGGAUUUUUUUUAUUAUUAUUAUUACCAUGAACCCAUUUUUUCAGCUGUGGUUUAUUGAAUAUGUAGUUUACCCCUGAACUGCAGUUCAAGUCCUGAGUUAUUGAGUAAACUCCAGAAUUAGCUGAUACCAGGUACAGGGAUGCUGAUGUCGGUGUAUUGUGGACUGGGUUAUAUGCAUUGAAUCCUGGACCAGCCAAACACUGUAUGCCCACCUGUGUGAGAGCUAUAGGGGAAUGGAAAAGGGAGUCCCUCCCCAAGCUGUGCGUUCCGUAUCUAAACAUAUUCUCGACACAGGUGAGAUGUAAAAUUUAUCAUCAGAGCCUGGGAGUAGACUUAAGAACUGCUACGAUUUUUUGGCAAAUUGCUGAAGUUAUAAGCCAACCUGGCAUAGGGGACAGGAACUGUACUGUCUCCACUAUAACCUUUGCAAUGGAGCGACAUUGUCAUUGUUUUAGUGAUAUUUUAUCGAUUGAUUUGACAGAUUUUUAUAUUUAAAGGAGCAAUCAAUGGGUUCAUUUAUCUGUCAAUUAAUUGAACAUCUUAACUGAAAAUGCAUUCUUUAGGAUUACAGUAGCCCCAUUACAUCCAAUAAACAGAAGCUUUGUUUUAGUUAAUCAUGAUUUCAGUUAGGAUUGUCUGCCGUCCAACUAAACAUAGGACUGUGAGUGAAUGUGUUAAGUCUUCUGUUCCAUCUCAUACCUCAUUCAAGCUAUAAAGCAUUUAUUCCUAUUGAAAUCAGCAGUCACAGCUCAGAAUAAAACCACUAGACAGAGCAGCUAUAAAACCUCAAACCCAUUAUGUUAAUGGGACUUGCAGUGCCAAGACCAGAGCAUUAUGUGUUCUCGUGUUCCAAGAAUCGUGGUUACCAUGCUUGGCUCCCAGGGCAUCAAUCUAAUCCUUAUUUACUAUUGUUCUUUAUGAAAACCCACUAAAUUACACUCAAAACAACGAGCAGCCAUUGUAUUUUAAGGGUUUAAGAAUACUGUCUGCACCAAUUAAUGUUCCUUCGUACCUUUACUAUCGCUGCAGUGACACAAUCAAUGCAUUGGUCCUUUAACCCCCAAUCAAUGCUCACAGAAUAAAUCCUUCAUCACAGUGUGGUCCACAGCCAACACGUUUUAUAUAAAAUGAUUCAUGUAAUACUCCUUUAUUCAGUAUCCUAUAUUGUUGGUUUCUCAGCACUUAACAACCUGAUUUUUACGUGGCGGGUAUUUACCAGCAGCCUGACAGAUUUGUAUUUCUUCCGGUAGAUGAAAUGAUACUGACAUGAUGGCUCAUUCUCUCAAAAUGUUAUCAGAACACCCAGCAGGGGUUACUGGUGUGGUUUGAUCUACCUCUAUCACAAAACUGAGAGGACAUGGAGCCACCAUCUCAAGUCCACAUUUGUGAAACGCGUUGGAGAUAGAGAUUGAGCGGUGUGAUGAUUAUUCAUGUUGUGCAGCCCAAAAGUACUGUCUGCUGGGCAAUCCAUUUACCAUUGGCUCCUAUAACUCCUGAGUGAUACAUGAUAUAUCGUUCAAGGUUUAAUAGCCAACAGUAUGUAUGACAUCUGCUGUAAUUGCAUGGUUUCAGGUUUGGUUAAUUGAGGGGCUUUGUGUGUGUGUUUUUGUUUUAUCUCCAUUAGUUAUUUGCUAUCUAUUUUUAAUCAUAUAUGGAAUACAUUUCUUGCACUUUUUUUUCCUGUUGGAGUGUCCAUCCAUGGAACACUUGAUUAAAAAGUUGAACCCACAAUAACUUCCUUUAUUGUAUCUAGAUUUAGUUUUUGGGGUUUUUAUCUGACUUUUGGUUUCACUGAUAUAUUAUUAUAUAUUAAUUUGUCUGCACUGUUUUUUGUUUUGUUUUUUUAAUUCUUUAUUUUUGCUGUGCACGAAAUAACUUUCGCAUAUCAACAAUGCCACAACAGCAUUCGCAAUCAAUUUACAAACACUUAUUUGUUAACUGUUGUACAACAUCUAGAGGAAACGCACAUAUUUUUUUUAUUUUUUAGGGUAAUAAUACAAGCUAAGUACAAGCUGGGUAACUACGUCUGUCUUUUUGAAUUACAUUGUCAAUUAGUAACAGUAGCUUAGGGUUAAUAUUUAUGUCGCGUGUCAUCGCUUCAAUAUCUAGACAUUGACUUGGUUAUGCUUGACUAUGCUUAAGUGAGGGACAUACAUUUUGUACAGUAACAGCUGGGUAAGUUUGCAUUUCAGGUUAUGAUAGGUUAUGCAGUGCUGACUAACAAGAAAUAUGUAGUUCUAUUAAGGUUUCCAGCUUAGCUAAGAUUCUCAUUAAAGAAGGGUGCCACCAGGCAAAGCAUCAUGCAUUCAACUAUUUCCCACUAUACAUAUAAAGCUCUAAUAAAGAUUAAUUAUAUACAAGGUCAUAUGCAGAGGAUGUGCACGUUAUUCAAUGACUGCAACUACAGUGAUAUCUGGUAUGGCUAUUCAUGGCAUACUAUAUAUUGUGCUUCUUGUUGUGAACGGCUGGGUUCACUGCCAGCUCCAUCCCAGCCCAAAGCAUGAGGUAGUGGGGUCGUGUUCCAUGCCCAGGCAUUGGGUGAGUCCCUUGAGAUUACCCCAUGAGUUCUACUGGGUCCUAAUGUCCCGGUUGCUGGGUAAGUUUGCCUUGCCUUGUAAGCCUUGAUGUGCUGUCAAGGGCUGUAGCACCAUGCGGUCAGUGGGUGAAGCUGAUUGUCCUGUUUGUUCUUCCAGCCCUGGUCGUUAGUGGAGCUUGCUUGCAGAGUGCACUUCUGGGGUUGCCGCUUUGAGAUGGGCAUGUGGAGGAAGUGCUGGCUGUGAUGGUUCUCGCCUGUCAGCUUGUGUGCUCCAGGGUCGUUACGUGGGGGCUUUAGAGCCCUCAUGGACCCCCAGUGAUAGCAGCUCAGGUUGUGAGCACAGAGGGAUCACCGUCUCAGUCGGUGCAGUUGCUGUGCAGCAAUCGGCCAUUUUGACGAGACCACGUGGGAGCCUCACUCCUCCGGCUUCGGGCCAUCCAGGUGAGAUGCUUAGGCGGUAGCCCGCCUGGUGGGGACCGGGAUGACCACCCCGGCCCACGGGGGGAAAGGGGGGGGACCAGGAAGGCACCAGGUAGAUGGUGGUUCGCUGUAGUCGGGGUGGAGAGCGAUGGCAGCAGCCGUCCGCCCUGCUCCCCUCCCGGGUAGGCCUUAAUCCCCGAGCCCCAGAGUCUCUCACCAGGACCUAGAGCCACCCUGCAGCAGGCGCCCCAGCUACACCGGGACACUCCAGAGCUUCGUGUCACGGACCCCCGGGUCUGUAUAAGCUGGGUUAAGUGGGUAUAUUCCUUAUUUUCCGUUGUUUGUCGGGAGCCCGUGUGAUAUGCAACCUGCUGGCAUGGCCGCCCGGCCCCGCCCCCUAUGUUUUUUUUUUUUUAAAUGUCAUUUAGGCAUCUUUUUGGAAGCUGUUUACAUGAGAACCUUUUUUGGUGGGGGGAGGAUGACGGCAUUCGUUGGCAAUCUGAUAAUGUCAUCAAUGAAGAUUGUAGAUUGAUCUCCCCUUGGAAUAGUUUUGAUUGUUUUGUUUUUUUCCCCUUUACUGCAGCCAUCAGAUACUGUGACAGAUGCCAACUGAUAAAACCCGACAGAUGCCAUCAUUGUUCGGCGUGUGAUGUGUAAGUCUCUUGAAUUUUUCCAUGUGCAAUGCAAAUCAAGCUAGAAAUGGUAAUUAGAAACACUGUCUGCAUAUUGGUGUUGUGUGUUUUAUAGGGUCUGACAGUGUAUGUUAAACAGAAUUCAUACCAGCAUGACAGCUGUCAGUUGCCUAUAUCGAAUUUACAUAUUUUUGGAAUGUUGACAAAUUCCUUGUGACUCAGAGCUACCGAUUGAGAUUCUAAUAUUAUUUACUACUCGUUAGUGUUAUCUGCACGUAUAUAUUUAUAUGUGUGGCAUAUAUGUGUAUUUGUUUAAAAAAAAAAAAACAAUUUUUUCUUUUUUUGCACAGUACCAUUAUUUUUUCCAACUGUAAAAAAAAAAAAAACACAUUUGCUCCAACAUGUCCCAUAUUUUUAAGAAGAAAUUUAAAAAAUCUGCAAAGAUAAUACAUUGGUACAUAUCCUGCAAAUGUACAUUGUUACACCAUACUUUUGAAAGGCAAAGAUCGUAUGAUUGGCUAGUAUCAAUGUGGUGCUAGUAGCUACAGCUACAGUGAAGUUUUAUAAUAGGAAACUGUGGUGGGGUCUUGACGUGAGAGAGAAGGGGGUUGGUGCCAGGAAGAUGACGGGGGGAUGCAUUGUCUGUUAGACAGGAUGUUUGUUCAGUUAACAAUGACGUGGCAAAUAACUUUAUCUAAAAUAUCGGAUUUGGAAAAAUUCUUCAACCACUGAAGUGGAGAUACGUUUUGUAAAUUCCCUACAAAUGUACAAUUUCGGUCAUUAAACAGUUUUUGGAACAGUGCCCACUCUUUAUUUUCUAUUAAAGGUGGAGGGAUGGCUGAACUUCUUUCACUUCUUUCACGUGGGGGGCAAGAGCGCACCCAGAGCUAAAACUCUGGAGGGUGAUUCUGGAUUUAGUGACACAUUGUUAAUGAGCGACACACACAAACACAGAUACACAAAUUUACAAGUUUGCAUACAAUAAGAAAUGUCUACACAUAAUUAGGAAAUGCAGCCUCUGCUUGAGAAAUCAGUUAAAAAAUCAAUUUCCAGUGUAUGUGUAUCAGGCUUAACAAUUUGUGGCUCUGGCACUUUUUAAUAACUUGGAUACAGGCAUUUGGGAACUGACUGGUGGUAACCCCUCGUUUGUUCUGGUGUGCCCCCUUGGACCAGCCAAAGAUGGGAGGGAGUUACUGUUCCACCGCCAUGUGUCCAGCAGGGAAGAUUUUAUUUUUAAUUCUUUAUUUAUAGGUUCAUGUAUAUAGAGUUACAUUCAUUUUGAGAGAUAAAGACAAGCAAUGGGUAAAACAUGCCCUUUUGUACCGCAAGUGCGGAAGUGAAGAGUAUCACAUCGGUUAACGUACAUUUCCAUACAGUAUAUAACAUUUGUGUCACAGUGGGUGAGCCAGCAAUAAGUGAGCGGGGCUAACAUGCAUGUGCAAAUUGGGCACAAAAAUAUGUAACUUGGCGGUUUGCCUUUGAAACUGAAUACAUUUGGUCCUGCAAUGUGAGUCUUUUUCUAAACACCGGUUUUGUAAUAAAAUACAAGAAUGACAUGUCUUUUCCAUUGUUCCUUUCUCAGGUGUGUCCUGAAAAUGGAUCAUCACUGCCCUUGGUACGUAUUUAAAGGGAUGCAAAGUAUACAGGGUUUCAGUAAACGGUGGACUGACAGGGGAAUUGCAAUUUUAGGACAAAUUGGGGGGGGAAACUGUUCAGCUCAGCCACUUGUACAGGGGUAUUCAUAAAGGUAGAAUUGUUGGGAAUACGCAGUUAAAUUCAAAGGUAAGUCCAAAAUGAACGUAGAGUUGACUUGGAGAAUGUUUCUAAAUCAACUAUCUUAGUCUAAAAUGUGAAAUUUGAAUUCAUGGCAAUUUUCCCUUUAUUGAAUAACCCUGUAUGUGUAAAACAGGGGUCCUCAAACUCCGGCCCCCCAGAUGUUGCUGAACUUCAACUCCCAUGAUUCUCUGGCUAUCUAUGUAAUUCAAAGAAUCAUGGGAGUUGUAGUUCAGCAGCAUCUGGGGGGCCGGAGUUUGAGGACCCCUGCUCUAAAACUUGCAAUUCUUUGGUUAAUUGACUGUAGUUUUCAGUGUACAGUAGUGGGUAACACAGAGUGGUUUAUUCAAUAAGCACCGAAUUAUUGGACACAAGAUUCCUGUAGUUAGGUUAAACCAGCCAGUAUCGGACUAUUGUGGAGUUCCAAGGUGUCUAUUGUAGCCUGACUUUUGCAGUUGGGUUUUAAAUUCACCGCUGUUCAGGAUUUAGUGAAUGUUUGUUUAGCUGUAAAUUCUUAUUUAUUUUUUAUUUUUUUCUUACAGGGUUAAUAAUUGCGUGGGAUUCUCCAACUACAAAUUCUUCCUGCUCUUUUUGUUGUAUUCUUUGUUGUACUGCCUGUUCGUUGCGGGUUCUGUUCUUCAGUAUUUCAUCAAGUUUUGGACAGUGAGUAUUAUUAUUAUAGUGUCUGUAUUUAUUUAUAUUGUUUGUUUUUGAUGGGGGGGGAACGUGCUUCACUUAAUAUAUUUUACUGUAGUGAAUUCUUUUAAAGAAUUCUAGAACUGGUGUUUAAUAAUUAUAGCUAGCAUAAUUGUUAGUUUAAAUCUGUUUGUUUUUUUUUUACAACAUAAAAGUUUGUUUUCUAGGAAUCGAAUGUCAAAACAUAGAGCAAUGUCAAGACUUGUUGCUUUACCAGUUUAAUAAUUGUUAUUAAGAGAAACUUUUCAAAACAGAAUAGUUAAGAAAGACAUGUCAGUGGAACAAGUUUGACAGCUUCCAACAGGUUCUUCCUAAGUUAUUCUAUCUGUAGAGAAUUUCUCAUCUUUACUAUAAUUAACUUGGCACCAGUUUUAGAGACCCGACCUAGCUAAAUCCUGUUUUCCCCCUGCCUUAACCUAAAUGACCCAAAAUAUUUCUUUUUACACGGCAACUCAGUUAUAGUUUAACCCCUUUGGGACCAACAGCUCACCAGGAUUGUCACAAUAAGGAUUUGCCUGGCUUUAGUGCGGAAUGAGUUAAUAAGCAGAAAUUCUGUACAUUCUUCCUCAAUGCCUUUGUUGCUUUGGUAAUCAGCUUAAUGAUCUUCAGUCUGGCUGCUCUCAGGCUUGCAGUGAGUUUUUGCUACUGCAUUGCAUGCUUUACUAACGUUUACACAUCACAGCUCAUCCAAACAUCCACAUUGGCGUUGUGACGUUCUAUUGCGAUCAUUUUUAUUUAUACUGCCAGGGUCAAUGAUGGAAAAGAUUUCAAAAGUGUUAGAGGAUUAUGGAAAAGGGGGUCCCUGGUAUAAUGUAUUCUAUUGUAAUGUACUUUUUGUCUUAUCUGAAAUAGAAUAGCUGGGUCAUUUUCCUAAAAAAGAAAAAUUUGAUGCCAACAUUUUGGGGGGGGAAAAAAUAACUGGGGCAGUUUAAAGCAGAGCAAUAGAUCUGAGUAUAUAUAUUUCGCCAUAUGAGAGUGCCGUAGAUAUAUCAGGUUGAUAGUACAUGGUUAUUUUGAUGUGGUCAUUAAAAUACUUCCUUGGAUAUUUAAAGCUAAGUAAUGGAAAAACUACUUCUAGAAGGUUGUGAGACUUUGCUGUUUAGGUCACUGUGCUGACCUCAUUAUUUCAUUCCCAACUUGUACUGUAUUCUUUGAACAGUGCCUUUCUGAACAGAUGUUCUUUGAGGUACCUAAAAUGAUUGGGCAAUUUGAUAUUUCAAUCUAUUUCAUGGGCUGGUUUGUUGAUGUAUGCAAGGAACCUCCCUCUACCUUAAAAUCUGGUACUACUUGUUGUACAAUGGUGGAGGAGAUGGAGAGUUUAGUCCAACAAGAGCUGGGAGUACUAAUUAUGCCUUUUAAGUGAUGGACUUCGGAAUGGUGUAGAACAAGGGUAGGCAACCUUCGGCACUCCAUAUGUUGUGGACUACAUCUCCCCUGAUGCUUUACUGGCAUUACGGCUGUAGGAGCAUUACGAAAGAUAUAGUCCACAACAUCUCAAGUGCCGAAGGUUGCCUACUCAUGGUGUAGAAGCUGAAAGUCAUGCUCUGCUGUGUAGUAAUGGGGGGGUUUCCUUUUGUAGGAUAUUACAUGUUAACCAAACUAUACAUCAACUACAUUAGCAAAGCAGCAUCUGAUGGAACUGUCUUUAUAUAGAAAAUGUUAUACAUCACAGUGGUCGUGUCUGUCCAUUGAAUCUAUCCAAUAUGGGGAAAAAAGGGCUUGCACUCACCAAUAGAAAGAAGGAUUUUAAAACGAUGUUGCCACACAAACUAGCAUGACUACAAGACCCUAAUGGUAAAUCAAAAUAACAAAAAAAAAUUCUGUUAACACAUAGUUCCAAUUGCAGGCUUGGUUGGAGAUAAACAGACAACGUUGCGGAUUAAAUCUGUGUGCGCCCAGACAGUUUUUGUUACUCUAUCCAUUGAAACUAUUUGACAAAGCAACGUCAAAAUGGCAAGUUAGAUAGCAAUGUCAGCCGUAAAAGACUCAAGUUCAAGUGGACACAGGACUGAACCGUGAGCUAGUCGACUUACCACUUUCGUCUGGCCUGAACAUGAACUUGUCCAAGGACAAGCAUUUUAAGCUAAAGCAAUUUGUCUUUGUGAAUGUAACUUGUUUUCUGAAUAUUUCUGAAAUACCUAAUAGAAUCCAAAUAGGUCUCAAUCACUGUGACACCCUGAUCUAUACUUCUACUGGUUUCUUCAUAGACUCCAAUUAUCUUCAUUUGACUUGAUCUGUCUUUUAUAAAACCAUGUUGCUUCUGUCAUUGUAUUUCAAAUUUAAUUAUCCCUCAAUAAUCUUUCAAAUAUUUUCUCAGCCACAGAUAUUAAUCUGAGAUUUUGACCCAUUUUCAAAUACUUUACAUUAGCCUUUUUUGUACAAUUCCUUGAAGGAACAAAACCUGUAAGAUUGAUAAGUUAAACAUGCUAUGUAUUGCAACAGCGAAAUGUGGUUUUUAUGGAAUAUUAAGAUUUAGAAACUUUUUUUUUUCUCUUUCUUUGAUGGCUAGAGGUUUAGGGUUAGUGGACUUUAUACACAGUAUUUAGACUUGAUACCUGCAGUUGGGGUUAAAUAGCAGACCAUGUUGCCCAUGUUAAGAGUUUAAACUUUAUAUGUCAUUAUUGUGGACAGGAAUGAUGAGUUGCAGCCUGCAGCAUCCCUGUUAUUCAUGAUCGCUGAGGAUAUAAUGACACUCAUACCUUGCCAUUUUGAAAGUGCUAUUUUAUUAGUAAAACCCUUCCCAAACUCCAUCCGUGCUUGCAGUCUUCAGCUAAAGGUUAACUCUGUAAACCAUCGCAGCAUCCAGCUCCAUGCCUCUGGCCUAUGACCUCUGCAUCCCAUAAUCUCAUUUCCGAUUCAACCAUUCCAGUGUCUAACAAAUUGUCUUUGUUUGCGUGAAGCUUUGCCGCAGCAAAUCUGAAGAGAGUUGUCCACAGGUAAAAUAAACCAGUCUAGUGAUAUGUUGACUGUCCAUCUAAGCAGUUUGACCAUUUUCUGUUUAUUUAGGUUUUAUUUACUUUUUUCUUUUUUUUGGGGUGUAAGUAGAGUAUUCGUUGCACCCCGUCUGGCAUGCUUAGUGUUAGCAAUAGUUCUGCAAUAGCAAUCGGUGCAGACUAGCAUUAUACGGAGAUUAGAUUACUUUAUCCCAUUUAGAAUGUUAAGGUAUAAAAGACGAGCAAUCCCAUCCCCACUUUCUAAUUAUUUGGUACUUAUUUAUAUUAUAUAUUAUGUUUUGUAGUAACAAUACAUUUGUAUUGCGACUAUACAAGGAUUAACUCUUGUGGCUACAAAAUCUUAGCAUCCCAACGUUCUGUGCCUGUAAAAAUACAUUCAGCAGCUCGCCUUUUCUAUGCCCCGAAUUAGCGUACGUACUGCUAUCUCAUCGUCUCUUCUGGCACUCAGACUCGUUAUUUAUUAACCCUUUAAGGGCAAGGCACAUAAAAGUCUCUAUAGCAGAGCAGAGUAUCCUGCCUGCUUAUAUUAAAUAACCACGUGCAGUCACACUGUCACCAAAUAAUCCAGUAUUAUUGCAACAUGGAACUUUCUCUUAAUUUAAGUGUUAAGAAACACUAAAACACUUCUGACACCAGAAUCACCACAGGUUUUUAGAUUUUAGCCCAAGAAUCAAUCCUUGGUGGGGAAAAGGGGUAAUUGUUAUGCAGUGUGCACCAAGUAGGUAAAUAAAGGGGCAGUCCUCUCUAGUAACCAAAAUACCAAGUUGUGAAAACAUGGAUUAAUAUUUAUUCAUAAAAAAGUGUUAACACGAUAGUUGUGGCUUCUUUUUGCUAAGUAGGGUUUUUUUUAUUAAAAUCUCCUGCUGCAGGAUUUUGUGUAACAAAUUACACUAAUGAAAAAAUGAUGCAUAUUUUUAUCGUGGAAUUAAUUUCUAGUGCUUCCUCAUAAUAGCACGCAAGAUAAGAUUAGUAAUUUUGUGUAAAAAAUGUAUUUCUAGUUUUGUGAUGUAACUUUUCUAAAAGCUCAUGGGGGACUUCUGCAUUUUUAUAAUUUGCUUCACACAGUCUAGCUAUAAUUUUAUACCAUGUAGUGAAUUCCCCAUUCACAUUCAUUUACUCUCACGUUGUAUAUUUACUAAUGGAAGCAUGGCACAUUGCUGUCUGCAAGGUUUCCUAGUGAUUAUCAUCCUGACAAUUCUACAUUGCUUUAUUUGGCCUUUCAUUAUAAUUUUGUAUUUAAAAUAGAUUUAAGGAAUUCUUUUUGAGUACUAGCUGAGACUGCCCUUUUUAUUCUUGAAACGUUUAAAACUGUUUCCUGUAAUGAAAUCUGUUUUUUUAUUUGUAACUAUUUUACCCAAACAGUGAACAUUGGAUUAGAGCAGAGGUGUUCAACUCAAAGCCUGUAACCCAGUGUGUUUGAAUUUCUUUAAUUAAAGUGUAAUCAUUGGGUUGGGAGGAAAGGUCACUCGGAUAAGAGUAUUUUAUUUCUGUAAAUGUUGCAUGUUAAAGGUAGUGAUUACCAUAAGCGUGUUUUUUAUUUAUUUAUUUAUUAUACACAGCCUCACUUUCUAUGUAUUUUGAUUACUGAAACGUACAUCACAUCUGUCUUUUAAAAAGGCACAUACUGGGCAGUACAUACAAAUUAAACCGUUUUUCCCAUGAUUCUCUAACAUAAUUAAUUUACAAAGAUUUACUUACACGUUUUGCUUAUUUUUGUUUUGGUUUGUGUUUUCCCUUUGGCUUUGUGUGUUUAACUCAUAAACCUACCUCAGGGAAGCAGGAGACUCAAAGGUAACAAAAUGGUGAACCCUUGCUGAAUAUUCACAAUGAUGGCUUAAAAUAUCACUUUCUAUGCCACUAGCCAGGCCUUAGUAGUUACACACAACUGCAAGCCAGGAGGGUUUAUAGCAUACUCGCCGGAUUUUAAUUUCUAUACUCCAGGGCUACAUUUUUCCCUACCUACAAUAGUUUACUUUUUACCAGAGGCUCAUGGGAAAUGUAAUUUAAUAUGCAUGAAAUGCCUUGUCUGUGCCUUUUCAAACCACAAAUAUAAUGUUCAUGUGCAUAUUUAUUUAUUAUUCCAAAUAACUACAAAUAAUAAAAGCAAUAGCUGCUUUUAUGUGUUGCGAUUAACUUUAGUCUGGCCUCAAAUGACUUUCCUCUCUAAUGUUUUUCAAUAAUUUUACGUCACAUGCUUUCCUGAAAAUCCAAUGUGUCUGCAACUGUUGAGUUAGACACCUACACUAUAAUGUAAUUUAUGGAUUUAUUUUUAAAUAGCUAAUAGAAGGUUUUCAUUUGCAGAAUGAACUUCCAGACACACGUGCGAAAUUCCAUGUUUUAUUCCUGUUUUUUGUGGCAGCAAUGUUCUUCAUCAGUAUCCUGUCAUUAUUCAGCUACCAUUGCUGGCUGGUGGGAAAAAACAGAUCAACUAUAGGUAAAGAAUACAAGCAUUCGUCAAAAUAAAUAUGUAUGUGAAAGGUCUAGUAUUCGUGGCAUGCUCGCUUCCUAAUUCCGCAGUGUUAAAACUUAAUGUGGCAUUGUUGCUUUUGGGCUCUUCAUACCUUCGGUGAUAAACUUGUUUAGACAGCAUUAGAAAUCCCAACACAACCAAAAUAUAUCAAGGGCUAUUUUGUCUUAUGAACAUGGCUAUUAUGAAAAGUUGGCCAAGAACAUAACGACCCAUCUUGCUGUUUACUUUUAGACAUCAUUAGCGAAGGUUGAAUUGAACAAGCAUCUCUGUGCACAGGGGGGUCUUGUGGGAUCUACUGAGGACUCACAUUUUGUACUCUUGCAUAUCCAUGAGUCUAUAGUGAUGUAGAUGAACCCACCAGGAACUGAAGAUGGUUCUGUUAUGAAAGUAUUUCUCCUUUCAUACUCCCCCCCCACGGUGACAUGUUUUUUUUUUUUGGUGGGGCCCAGAAGAGCUUUACAAAAAGGACAACAAUCCCAGUAAUGGAUGACCGUGUUAUCGUAAAAGGACACACCUAAGAAAUCAGUUAACACCAUGUCAAGCCAGAUACAUAGUUUUUGCAAAAUAUAUAUGUAAAGAAAAUCCAGAAGGAAGUAAUGAGAUGAUCAAUGGAAGAAUGCAUUUCUAUGUAUCUCGAACAACCCUGCUAAAACCCUGCCUUCGUGGCCUAUUCUGGUUGUCACCAGUUGUAGGACUUUCAACAGAUAAAUCUCAUAUCUUGUAUGAGCAUAAAUCGUUGCAUUACAUUACAUCAUCAGAUUUGAGAUUUCACACUCUAGAAGGUAGCUUGCCCAAUCAUUGGCUUUUCAUUGGCCAAUGAACUCUGAGCUCUAAAGCAUGUUUUACCUGUAGGAGGAACUGGUUAGCAGAUUUCACAGCCUCGGCUCUGCCUAGAACUCCUGUAGCUCAAUUAUUUUCUCGUACUUCUGAAAGCUGAUAGCUGAACUCUCUGAAAGCUCUGCUGUGCUAGGGCAGCGCAGACAGUGUUAAGACGCAGAAUGAUGUCAAAUAUUUAUUUUUGUAAAUAACUUGCAAUAUAAAGCUAAAUUAUGUCACUUAAAGCAAUUAAUUUAUAAGUUGUGUCAAUGUCUUGACUGUGCCUCUAAAUGCCCUUCAGAAUGCAGUGUGGUGAUAAUUGUUGGUGUGUGUUGAGAUGUAUGUGUCACUGUCUAUGUAUCUAUUUUAGAGGCAUUCCGUGCGCCUACAUUUCGAAGCGGUCCAGAAAAGAAUGGCUUUUCACUCGGUUUUAGUAAGAAUCUGAGAGAAGUGUUUGGUGAUCAGAAGAAGUAUUGGCUCUUACCAGUUUUCACAAGGUACAUUGAUUUUUUUUUGUAUUGAUUUUCGACCUGAAAACCGCAAAACAUCCGAGACCACUAUUAGUGGCUAUAAUAAUGGUAAUUACAAAUUGACAAGAUUUGGGUCUUGUCCUUUUUUGUUUGUCAGGGCCAUUUACUGGCAUCAAAACACAAAGGUUAUACUAGAUCGUCAGAUAUUUUCUUAUUUUGUCCAUCUCCUUGUAUGCCUUCUAGAAAUAUAUAGAAAUGUUUUAUAGAUUAAUUUUAUUAUUGGACUAACACAAUUUUGAAAUGACGAACUUUCGGGAGAACCUCCCUUUCUCAAGUCUAAAUCAUUACUGAGCAAAAUGUGAGAUGAGUACAGAUAAGAUACAAGUGAUAAAAAAGACAACAUUCUCACAGUGGGUCGUAAAUAUAUAUAUAUUUUCAAUAAAAGAAAGGGUGCAGGAGAUGGUACUAGAAUGGGGAGAGUUUAAAAAGAAAUGACAAGGGUUAAGAAUGCAUGAAUUCACAUCCAAAAAUCCAACGUAUGCAUGAAGGCAGAUAUACAAACUACGUAUAAAUAUCCAUACUUUAUACACACGUACGUAUACACAUGAACCCAUAUAAAUAUACUCAAACGCACAAAUAUACACGCAUAGUCAUUCCAAAAUUCUGUUAGUCCAAUAAAAAAAAAAAAAAAGGUAUUACUAUUUUCAUAUGGUAUUUUGCAUCUGUCACUGGACUAAUAUGGUUACAAUCUCUAUGAACUCUCUAUAUAUGUAUAUAUUUGAUAUAGAUAUAUAAACUUAUCAGUAAUGAAAUCUAAAAGCUAUCAUGCAACAGUGGAUGAACAUAUCACUAUCAUGCUGCCAUGUGUACACACACACACACACAAAUAUCAUCUGUUCAGCUGGAUUGAGCAGCUGCAGGUUCUCGUGGCUGUAGGGUCAGCUGCCGUGUUACAGUGGUUCUACACAUCCGGAAGAUGUCAGUUCAGAGACUACAUUAACUUUCUCUGCGCCCCCUGCAGCCCCACCUGCAGCAUUAUACUGCGAAAACUUCUCAGCAGAAUCCAAAUAGUGCUAAACUUUUUUUUUAUAUGUAAAACAAAAUACACGUGUGAUCACUGCCGAACAGUACAUUCAUUUCUUCUUGAGUAUAACUGGCACCACAUGCAGGUUUGUCAGUGCCAGUCUGUGAGGCAUUGUGAUACCAUAUGUCUCUUUUAAGUGUUGUGACUAAAUCCUGCUGUUCGUUGUUCUCUUCCUACAGCUUGGGUGACGGCUGCUCUUUCACAACACGUCUUGUUUCAGGAGAUCCAGAACUGGCUGCUGCCACAAGCCAAAACGAUACAGCCAAACAGUACGUGUCGAUUUGUUCCCUCUGGGUUUGGUUCUGUUUUGUUUUUACUAUUUGUAUAUUUUAUUUAUUUAGUAUGCUAAAAUAUAUAUAUCUACACACAUACACACAGUCAUGGGAAAAUGCAAGUACACCCUCUUUGAAUUCUAUGUUUUACAUAUCAGGACACAAUAGAAACAUAGAAUGUGACGGCAGAUAAGAACCAUUCGGUCCAUCUAGUCUGCCCUAUUUUCUAAAUACUUUCAUUAGUCCCUGGCCUUAUCUUAUAGUUAGGAUAGCCUUAUGCCUAUCCCAUGCAUGCUUAAACUCCUUUACUGUGUUAACCUCUACCACUUCAGCUGGAAGGCUAUUCCAUGCAUCCACUACCCUCUCAGUAAAGUAAUACUUCCUGAUAUUAUUUUUAUACCUUUGCCCCUCUAAUUUAAGACUAUGUCCUCUUGUUGUGGUAGUUUUUCUUCUUUGAAAUAUGGUCUCCUCCUUUAUUGAAAUAACAUUCAUCUGUUCCUUAGCAGGUCUUAGAGUUAGGUAAAUGCAAACUCAGAUGAACAACACAUGACAUAUUACACUGUGUCAUGAUUUAGAAGCCAUGUGUGGAAAAACGAAGUACAUUCUUGCUGCUUCCAUAGGAGAUAAAAGGCUAAGUGGCAGACAGGUGCUGCUAAUCAGAUGCCCUUGAUUCAUUGAUCAUCAGCAAGUGUGACAAGCUCUAUAAAAGCCAAAGUUUAGGUGCAGGGGCAUGCCAGAUGUGUAGCAUAGCCUUUAUGUGAGGGGUUGUUGGGACACGAUACGCGUGUUUUGUUGUGGACCCAGCCAGGGUAGAAUGCAUACCAGUAUUCUUAUAAGCAUUGACUCCACCUCAUUCCAAAGUUUCACCACCCCAUCUUUGCCUCACCUCAUGCGAGGCCUGGUGAUAUACUCUGUCUUCGGCAAGGUGAGGGUGUUGUGUCGUAUUCUCGCUUUUGCAUCAGACAAACAUUAAGAUCAUAGGUCUGAGGGAUUGAAAUAAUGCAUCAGGGAUAGGCAGGGUUUGAAAUAAAUAUAGAACACGAGCCAAGACAUUUAUUUUCGCGACCCCCACCCUGCCGAAGCAAGAGAGGUGCGGCCCGAGCCAUUUAUGUGUCUUAUCUUCCAACAUUUUCAGUGUACAAAGAGGGAUAGUUUAAUUUUGGGUUUUUGUUCUGAGAAAAUUAAGGUGACUAACUAAUAACAAUUUAUGCAACUAAAAUGUAAUUUAGUCUAAGAACAAUGUGUUGUAUUUACACAGACUGACUGAUCUCUAAACACAUUUAUUGUAGUUUAUACACAUUACUGUGACUAUUAUUGCUGUGAAGCUCUGUGAUAUACUCAAAUACACAAACAAUAAUGAAAUCCUACUAGAAGAGAGGGACUGGCCCUUCUAAAUAUGGAUAGUUGGGAAGUAUAUAUUUAUAUUUCAGCUAAAGUAACAAAAUGUUUUGGAGCUUUCAUGGGAAACUCUCCCUUUACUGGUAAAUUCUCUACUGCAGAUUGAGAAACCAGAUACGAGUCCUAGAGAGAGUUAUGAAUCCUCUAUAAAGCUAACCCUUUAUUAUUAUUUAUUAUUAUAUAAAGCACCAACAAAUUGAGCAGCGCUGUACAAUAAGUGGAGUAACAGACAAGCAUUUGUAACAAAACGCGUUGGGUGCACCCAAACAGUGUUGAGGGCCCUGCUCAAACGACAUUACAUUCUAGAGGGAGUGGGUUAAAGUGAAACAGGGUAAGGGUAGGAUGUAUUUCAUGUACGGGAAAAAGUACGUUGCUAGUAUAGUUUACAAUGAAGGUUUAGUUUUUUGGAUGACACAGCUGUAGGAGAGAAAGCAAGGUAGGUUACCAAUGUGUGGGGAGGGAAAACUAUUAACAGUUUAAUAACCCUUUAACCAAAUCCUGUAACAAUUAAUGUCAUAUAAUCUGUGUUUGCAGCACUAGUUCCACUCAGCCCUUCCCUCCAAGACCUCUCAGUGAGUCCCAAAAUCGACUGCUGGGGAGUGACAGCCAUUGGGCCGAUGGCAGUGUGGGAGAUGACGCAUCACAAAAAGGUACGGUUAAAAAAAAAAAUAGUGUCAUCAAGGAAAUAAACAUAUAGAAAAGUACCUAGAAAAGCGUUCCUGCGGUAUAAUUAGUAUUGCUCUUAAAUAUAAUAUUACCAUUGAAAGAAGAACAAGUGUGCCCACUGCACUCGGAUAGAAAAAUAAAAGACAUUUAAUCUCUGAUGUUGUAUAAAAAAUACUUUUCAAUGGCGUUAUUGCAGGACAGUUUCUCUUCGUCCUGUAUCUGGUGUAACCUGCACUGGAUGAAAAUAAGUAGAAAAUGAGAGGGAGUUGAAACAUAUUGUACAUAUUUUUAUCCUCACACAUAAAGCCAUUUAGAGAUCCGUAUAAAUAUUAUUACAUUUGAUUAUUGAUGUAUUUAUUUGUGCUCGCCAAAUAUAUAGAUGAUUAUUAAUCUUACAAUAAACGGCAGAAGUUCAGGUCCUUCUGAAUUGCCAACUUGGGCAUGUGGCUGUCACAUAUAAAGAGCUAAGUGUUCUCUGGGAAUCUUUGCUUUCAUUCCGUUAGAAUGCAAUAAACGUGCAGAAUGUCUGGCAAUCUUCUUGGCUCGAUUCUAGAUUGAGUUUUGACAGUUUGAGUUCACAGUAUUCCCAACAGCCUCAUUGAAACCGAAUCAGUAAAAUCUGUCAAUAUUAACAAUGUAGCAAAAUGAGAAUUUUAUCUAAAUAGGUUUCCAUCUGAAUUGUGCUUUGCACUUCCAUUCGAUCUAUUUAAAUGUAAGUAUUUUAGAGCCAUAUUUAUGGCUUUUUAAAGUGCUUUUCCAGAUACAAACAUAGUCAUGUCAUAAUAUUGAGGGCAUUCAUUUUAUUUUUUCAAAAUGUAAACUCAGUACUGAAAAGUAUUUUUUAAAUUAUACAUUACAAUUCGUUUCCCACAGGGUUACACUUUAUGGUUCAAUUCUAGUUUAGUAAAGUUUUAGGGGUUAUCCCCCUUUCAAAGUGUACCUUAGAUCUUACUAUUUGGCUGGCAAUUCCUCAGUUUUUCUCUUCUAUCAUGUGAGCUCCUACUCACUGGUGUAUCUCUUGGUGUAAGCUCUUCUGGUAAGUUCAGUUUGAGUAGGACUUGUUAAUUAUCAGCUUACCUGUAUAGCUUCAUCCUGCCACUUGACUGUCUGCAAAUUGUUAAACCAUUUUUUGCAUAUUUUUGUUUUUUAGUUUUCUCGUAUUUCCUGUAUUUUAACUUUUAGAUGCCUAAACUAUCAAAAAAAGCAAAAUCCUCUUAAUAUCCUAAAAAUUACUCACUACAUCUCACUAAACUAUAAACGAUCCCAACAAACGGCCAGAUAAAAAUAGGAUCAGCUGCACCAUACUAGUACAGUGCAAAUUUUUCAUUUAUUCUAGUAAAAUAAAGGUUUGGGGCAUGGGGAGUGAGUAGACAGGUUCUGUAAAAACUUCCAAACAUCUCUCAUACCUACAAUCUUUGUGAAGGUUUGGAUAGCAGACACUGACCACAUUCACGAACACUGACACCGAACAAUCACAUGUGUGGCAAUAGCAGUUAGGGGCUGGUUCAGAGCACUGCCUUACUGGAUGUUUUAUAAUGGAUGUCGUUAGUCCUUCGGCACUUUCAUCCAUGGUCUUAUGUCGUUGGUUAUAAAGGGGUUAAGGAACCUUUCAUUUAAACGUCGUUCUGUGUUGCAGAUGCGAGGAGUCACGUCUCAGUAUUAGUGGAAAGCUGAUGGGAACAAAAUAUCCUCUGAACAAGGAAAGUGGUAAGAAAAGAACGUCUGUGUUUGUACAUCCUCACAUAAUACAAUUAUAUUACUGCAAUGUGCCUGUUCACCAUUUUAGAAACAUAAUCAACAUGUCGUGGGCAUUUAAAACGCUCACAUACUAGAAGCACAGAAGACAGCAAGGCUUACAAGCUUGCAAUAAGCCCUUUUAAUCCGUGCUCAUUUUAUUCUCUAUAAUACAUGUUCGCAAAUGCAUGUGUGCCACAAAUCGACUGUCCGAGCUACAGGCAGGAGUAGCAGGGUUUCUGGAUAAGAUUCUAAGAAACACUUGCGCAGGACAUAAGAAUGCAUUUUCUGUAAAGGUUGUUAGCAAAUAGUAAUACCAAAAAGGGUUUUCACAUAGGUGACUUGUUGUACUAUGUUACUAUACACAAGGAUUUUCAGUUCAAAAGUUCAUGUGCCAGUCGGGUACGUCUGACUGUGCCAUGGUGUACUGACAUAGCAAUUUAAUUAAUGGGACACUCUCGGCAUCAUCGCUCAAUGUAUUUACUAGUCUAUAGAAAAUAAAUAUUACCAAAACAGGACAUCAGCUGGAAACGUUUAUUGGUAUCCACUGCAGGAACAAAUCCCUGCCGGUGGUUCCGAUAUUUAAUGUCCAUCAACUAAAAUGCAAAACCGAAUAAUGGGGGGCGGGGCCGGGCCGCCGAGCCGAGCGGCUGCUGUCCAUGCCGGCUCCGGUUAUAAACCGCAUAAAAUGCCGGGGAAAAACCCCCAAAACAUACCCACGAUAUGAGCACCGCAACCGGAGGCAAGAUCAGGGGGAGAGGAACCGAGGAGAAAGGAGCGGAGACACAUGCCGAGUAAACACGACGAACCCAGAGAUCUGAGACAUGCUGCAUGAAUGCGGUUCACAGCGCACACGGACGGCACAGGAGACAUGGAUCGGCCCCGCUCCCCCCCACCCGGCCGGGGGGGUGAUCCCGGCCCAAAAGUCAGAACUUUCAAAGCUGGAGGUGGAAGCGUGCUCGGAGCGAGAUGCCUCCUUGUACAGAGCUAAAAUGGCUGACUGGCACAACACAUACACGCAGCAGAGAUCCGCGCUGGAGCGCCGCGGUCCCUGGGGUGGCUGAGCCCGCAGCUGGGCCCUUCCGGGCUGUGGACUGGUCGACAAGGAGCCGGCCCUGAUUCCUGGAUUUGGUGGUGGUCCGGGGAAAUAUGCCCCCAAUUCCGCGAGCCCGGUGGAGCUGAGAUGCGCGUGCCUGCCGGCGGACCGGUGGCCGGGGGGCGCGUGCCGGCGUCAUGUAAGUGGCCGGAGAUGGGAGAGGCAAGACUCCUAGAGCUCCAGGGAGGCCCUACUGAGGCUGGGGAGGUGCAGGAGACUGAGACCACGCGGACUCUACGGGGGGGAGACCGCCGAAUGGCUCCGAUCUCUGAGUGCCAACGGCGAGGUGGAACUCCCUAAAAGACACCGAAGCAUGCCUUGAUGGGGCGCAGGGGGGGCUCGGCCACAGCUGGGGGAACCGGGGAGACCCAGGUGGACACAGUUAACUCGCCAUGUACAUGCUUGCCCUGCAGCAACCAUGAUGAGGACACACCAGAGAGAAGCCUGCAGAAAUACAACCAUGGGAGAUGACGAGUCCACAAAGGACCAUAUCGCCACACCGAGCGCCAUUACGCCCCCUCCAGAGAAGUGACUCAAGCUCUAAAUCUUAUAUGGGUUUUGCGGGAGUUAGACAUACUACUGUUUCUCUCUGCAAUGAGCCAUGAACAUCAUACAGAAUUUGCUUACUGUUAUACCCUAACUCAUUUAUUACCUAAUAUAUUGUAAUAGGCGUGGACACGCUGUUUAUGCUGCAGCACAUAUACGUUAGUUUGCUAUGGUACACAGGUUUAGGCCUACCUCGACGCAGUUGAAUUGCACCCAUCAGUGGAGAACUAAACUGAAGCACCCAAGAUAUGGCGGUAUACCUUCGUAACCAUAUUAGCUUAUCAAGGAACAGCGGCAUAUCGUAUCUACAUACACGAUUAAUCCAGCUGCACACUUUAUUUUCUGACCAGAUAGGCAUAACUUAAAUAAGUGGUAAUAUACAAAGAUUGCAGCUGACCAACAGGUUCAGUUCUAGUUAGACACGGUCAAACUGCACCCACCUAAGAUUUAUUAAACCGACCCACGCUGUCUGAUCAUCACAUCACACUAGCGGUAUCUGCCUCAUACAGCUACGUGUGAUCAUGCUCAGCCACCGCUGGAGCGAAAUAGGUCCAUACGACCCACAAACCGCUGUUAUAAAGGACAUGACCAAGAAGCUUAACAUUUAAGCGUAGACAGCCUGGUGCGCAGUAUUAGCUCAAUGCCUGCAAUUUAUGCUGUAAUGAUUCGAAGUGUAUUCCUGAAAAGUUCAAAUACGCCUGUGUGUUCUGAUCAAUAUGCCUCUGCGCUGUUUAAGCCCCUGCGUGGGCAACCUCUUGCUUUACUAUGAACCAGUUCGCAUUAUGCACUUAUAUUGUGAAAACAAUAAAAAUAUUCAAAACAAAACCGAAUAAUGGACAGCUCCUUACAUGGGGGAAAGUUUGGGGACCAAAACAAUAGAACUCGGGAGCGCAAGUACUAUAAAACCAAGAAUUAUUUAUCACACAAAACACAACAGUAUAUGGACAAGAGAAUAGGAACAGAUAUUACUGGAGGUAAAUAAUAAAGUUAAAUUAAAGAAUGAUGUUGAAAUGCUGAAGUGUAUAAUGAGCAGUCCCUACGGUGUCUUACCUGACCAUCUCUAUAUAACUAGUUAACAUAGAAUGUGACGGCAGAUAAGAACCAUUCGGCCCAUCUAGUCUGCCCAAUUUUCUAAAUACUUUCAUUAGUCCCUAGCCUUAUCUUAUAGUUAAGAUAGCCUUAUGCCUAUCCCACGCAUGCUUAAACUCCUUUUCUGUGUUAACCUCUACCACUUCAGCUGGAAGGCUAUUCCAUGCAUCCACUACCUUCUCAGUAAAGUAAUACUUCCGGAUAUUAUUUUUAAACCUUUGUCUCUCUAAUUUAAGACUAUAUCCUCUUGUUGUGUUAGUUUUUCUUCUUUUAAAUAUAGUCUCCUCCUUUACUGUGUUGAUUCCCUUUAUAUAUUUAAAUGUUUCUAUAAUAUCCCCCCAAUCUCGUCUUUCCUCCAAGCUAUACAUGUUAAGAUCCUUUAACCUUUCCUGGUAUGUUUUAUCCCGCAAUCCAUGAACCAGUUUAGUAGCCCUUCUCUGAACCCUCUCUAAGGUAUCAAUAUCCUUCUGAAGAUACGGUCUCCAGUACUGUGUACAAUACUCCAAGUGAGUUCUCACCAGUGUUCUGUACAAUGGCAUGAGCACUUCCCUCUUUCUACUGCUAAUACCUCUCCCUAUACAACCAAGCAUUCUGCUAGCAUUUCCUGCUGCUCUAUUACAUUGUCUGCCUACCUUUAAGUCAUCAGAAAUAAUCACCCCUAAAUCCCUUUCCUCAUAUGUUGAGGUUAGGACUCUAUCAAAUAUUCUGUACUCUGCCCUUGGGUUUUUACGUCCAAGAUGCAUUAUCUUGCACUUAUCCACAUUAAAUGUCAGUUGCCACAAUUCUGACCAUUUUUCUAGUUUACCUAAAUCAUUUGCCAUUUGGCUUAUCCCUCCUGGAACAUCAACCCUGUUACAUAUCUUAGUAUCAUCAGCAAAAAGACAUACCUUACCAUCAAGACCUUCUGCAAUAUCACUAAUAAAAAUAUUAAAGAGAAUGGGUCCAAGUACAGAUCCCUGAGGUACCCCACUGGUGACAAGUCCAAGCUUCGAAUAUAUUCCAUUAACUACAACCCUCUGUUGCCUGUCACUCAGCCACUGCCUUACCCAUUCAACAAUAUUGGAAUCCAAACUUAAAGAUUGCAGUUUAUUGAUAAGCCUUCUAUGUGCAACAGUGUCAAAAGCCUUACUGAAAUCUAGGUAAGCAAUGUCUACUGCACCACCCUGAUCUAUAAUUUUAGUUACCCAAUCAAAAAAAUCAAUAAGAUUAGUUUGGCAUGAUCUCCCUGAAGUAAACCCAUGUUGUCUCUGAUCUUGAAAUCCAUGUGUUUUUAGAUGUUCAUCAAUCCUAUCCUUUAACAUGGUUUCCAUCACUUUCCCCACUACUGAAGUAAGGCUUACUGGCCUAUAGUUGCCCGACUCCUCCCUAUUACCUUUCUUGUAAAUGGGCACAACAUUCGCUAACUUCCAAUCUUCUGGGACUACUCCUGUUAACAAUGAUUGGUUAAAUAAAUCUGUUAAUGGUUUUGCUAGUACACCACUAAGCUCUUUUAAUAGCUUUGGGUGUAUUCCAUCAGGUCCCAUUGACUUAUUUGUCUUUACUUUUGACAGUUGAAAUAGAACCUCUUCCUCUGUAAACUCACGUGUAAUAAAUGACUCAUUUAUCCUUUUUCUCAACUGAGGUCCCUUUCCUUCAUUUUCUUCUGUAAAUACAGAACAAAAAUAUUCAUUGAGGCAGUCAGCCUGACCUUUAUCCUCUUCUACAUACCUUCCUUCUUUUGUUUUUAAUCUAACUAAUCCUUGUUUUACUUUUCUUUUCUCAUUUAUGUAUCUAAAAAAUGUUUUAUCCCCUUUUUUUACUGACUGUGCUAUUUUCUCUUCUGUGUGUGAUUUGGAAGCUCUUAUAACUUGCUUAGCCUCUUUCUGCCUAAUCUUAUAGAUCAUUCUGUCUUCCUCACUCUGGGUUUUUUUUAUAAUUCCUAAAUGCUAACUUUUUGUUUUGAACUAUUUUGGCCACAUCUGUGGAGUACCUCAGUGGUUUCUUGAAUUAUGUUACUGAUUGCUAGUUUAUGGAAUCCAGUAACCCUAAAACACCCAUGUGAUGUCCUACAGAGCAUCCAUAGGUCCUUGUGAUUUGACUGUACUUUAAACAGGAUUGUUUUUGGAAGUUGUGUAGUUGCCAGGAAGGUAUCAGGAGGGUAUUUAGUCUCACUGUACAUUUCAGUAAGAUAUUGUUUUAACAAAAUGACUUAAUGCUAGCUGCUAAUAUCUAUUAUAUCCAUCUUCCAGACAGGGAUCGCAGCACAGGUUGUGCUUGACCAUCAUAUCCAGACAUUGGAGCUGCUCAGCGUGAAGUGCCAUAAUUCUAUCACAAAUGGCAUCUAAAGGCACAAACCGCAUUGUCUGGAAGCACGGCCGAAAGAAAGGAAAAACCCUUUGCCUUACCAUUCAUCUAGUGCAUUAAUGCAACAUUAUCUCAUCCCUUACACAAUGACUUUGUUACAUAGAAAACUUUUAUUUUUUAAUUUUUUUUUAAAUCAUAUUCAGUUUUAGCUUUAGCCUACAACAUAAUGGAGGAAUUUUAUCUAUCGUUUCUUUUCUGGAUCAUACCUUCAUACUAAACACAAACUAGUGAUUGCCAAAAGAUUUUACUUCCGGGCUAGUGCUGAUGCUACGACUAGCCUGUCGGCCGUCUGCAUCGAAUGACCUAACAUUGUUAAAAACAGCCAGUAGAUGGUCUAGUUGACUGAUCAGUAACUUGCCACAAGCAACGAUUGGAUGCAUUCAGCACAUAUUAGUAUUAUAUUAUUUUUUAACAUGUUCACUUAUAUUGGUAAUAUGGAUUUACCUCUCAUAACCACCGUAGCUGGUCUAGGUGCUACCCUCAAGAUACAGAGAAAUAUCUUUAUCAUGUAUAAAGCAUCCAAUCUCUCUGUAAAUCAGGAGAUCGCUUGCAGGCAUCUUUGUGGAUUAAAACGGUUAAUUAGAGAGAGACUUGUUAAAGGGUUAUAUUAUAAAUUGUGCGAAAUGAGGCAUGUUCGCAUCCAACCAAGAUCUAUCAGUGUAGAAAUUUAAAAGGACUAAGCGCAUGUCAUUUCCCAGAACCCUCUCUGUGGCAGCAGUGCAUACCCGGUGGUAUACAGAAAGCAGGCUUUCAAAUGCAUAUUGUGUCUCUCUUAAAGACAGUGAGACUAAUUUUGCAGCAUGUGUUUGUUGACACUGGUAAAUUGUAUAAUCAGACGCUGCAAUGGAGCAGGCGAGAAUGAAAUAUUUUGUACUGAGACAUUUAUUUAUACUGCUUUUUCUAUCUUUUUAUAUAUAUAAAAAAAUGAUUUUACCAUAAGAGUGUAAACGUUUAUGCAGAUGGCUGCAAAGAUUUCACGAACAUUUUAUAUGUUGAGUCGUCGUAGCAGCAUUAUUAUUAUUUUUUUUUUUUUUUUUAAAGAAGCCAUAAUCAUUCACCCCCUUGUUUAUAAAACAAUAUAGAGACUUUUUAGAGGGACAUAUUGGACGCCUAAACUGCAACCAUGCAUUGAUCAGCAUAAUGCAAAAAUAAAUCUUUUUUCAUGUUUUUGCUUUUUUAAUUUUUAUAUUGCAUUUUGUUGGAUGCAUAGUUGCAUUAAAAAAAUCUCUAAGGAUUCUGCUUGUGGUCACCUUUUCUAACAAGAAAGAAUUAGAAGUUGACUGAAAGAUGGUCAGACGUUUCUCACUCUCACCCAUGAGCUUUUUGCUCUAGAAGGAAAUGGAGCCAUACUCCCCCUAGUGACUGAAAUUAGCCAGUGCAGACUUCUAUCCAUUAUUUAAAGCUUUCUGCUUCCGUUUUUUAUUGUCCUCCUUGGUGAUAUCAAUGUACAGCCUAGUGUGCAAAUUCAUAUGCUUUUUAAUUUGUUCACUUGAGUAUGCCACCACUUAUUGAUAUCACAAGCGUUGGCAGUUACUCCACCUCGUACUUCUGAACCAAUCAUUUCGUUUAAAAUGCUGCUAGCACUUUGUAUACUGUUUGUAUUCUAUAUACUCAACGUUUAGGUGGCAGUCCCUUUAAUUUCCUGUCUUCCUCAACGACGCUCUGAGCAAAUACACAUCACACAGUUUUGAAAAGUAAAAUGCUCACACUCUUAGAUAAUAAGCAAAUUGUAGAGGCUACAAAAUAUGUUUAUGCGUUUUAUCCUAUUUUAUUUUAUUUUUUGAACUAAUUUCAUUUUUAAAAUAAUCAUUAUGGCCAGUGGAAAAUGACACAAUGCAAUAGAAAUUGUGAUAUUUGUAACUGGGUUUGAAUACAUAUUUUGUUUUGAGAACACAUGCUCUGUGUGACAGCAUUAAGAAGAUGGCAAAUUGCACACAACCUGCUAACGUUGAUUGUAAUGCAAUGUCUGCAGCAGGCAAUGACUUUCUUGGAGUUCGGUGUGGAAAGAAAAUAUGGUGAUGGAAAACUGUUCCAAGCAACCUGCAAAUCCUCAGCAAUGACUUAAUUAAAAUCCCAUUGAUCUUUUGCAAACUAUUUUGCACUUCAAGCAAAUAUGCAUGCAUGUCCAGGGCUCGGAUAAGGGCAAUUUUAUACCUCAAUGCGGUUUUUAAAGAAAGCAAUAUAUUUAAAGCAGUCUAUAGGUGGUCAUACUCGUUAUAAAAUAAAAAGUCAUAUUGUUUGUCUUUGUCAAUAGCCCUUUUUAUACAUGAAAAUAUCCUACUACUGAAUGUUUGGCCACCUAUGUAUUGCAGAAAUCCGUCGUCCACCGUGCUUCCCAAUGUUUUACUCAUUAACAAUUUCCCCUUAAAUACCUAAUUUAGAGUAUGUAUUAACCGUUUUUAGAUUUGUUCCCAAAAUACAUCUUUUGCCAUGUACAUGUGUUAUAAACAUGUUUUACUCUUUAUGUUCUUUAAAUUCAAAUGCAGUUUCAUGUAGUUCACUGUUGUAAGUAAAAUGCUUUCCUGGUUUGUUUGUGUUUGUUCUAUUGUUUUAAUUUUGUCUGUCAGUGUUUGUGGCAUACAGGUGUUCCUUUUCUACAUAUGGGCUAUAACACUGCCAAGUCCACCCAGAAAGCAAUACACUUACCCUCUAUCUAAUAUCCUGCUCAAAUGAGUCUAUUGACCAUUGUCUGUUAAAGUAUUAAUUGAAAUCUACCCUCAGUCUGAAGAAUUUAUUCUACCAGAGUGUGGACCCUGCCAACGUUUCAACCCAAAAAUAGGAUCUUUAUAAAGACUGGGUACCAUAGGUAUCACACCCAUUUUAUAUACAGCGAUUAACGUUGCAUUUGGAUUAUUUAUGGUAUAUGAACUUUACAAAUACCCUGUUUGGGAUCAAAACCAUUUUAAUGCUACACCACAAAAUAAUUCCGAAUUAUUUCCUCCCUACACACACAGUUAUUCAAAGUGAAUUUAACAUUUUGGACCAAAAUAGGUUACCUGGAAAAAUUAUCCAAUUAAGCUGUAUUUUUUAUUUAUUUAUUUUUGCCUCUUUCGGCCUAGAAUGUGAAAUUCACUUUAAGCUCCCAACAAGUCAGACUUUAGAGCAGGAGUGACCAAAACGGAGAUGCCCAGAUGUUUUAAAAUUUCAAUUUCCAUGAUGCCUUGUCAUUCUAAAGGUAUGCAAAGCACCAUGGGAUUUGUAGUUGUAUAACAUCCGGGGAGCUACCUGUUGGGAAUAAACCCUUCUUUAGAGAAUAACCCUGAUGAUGUCACUUAAGGGAGCUCUGACCUCCUGUAUCUGUUUUAAAUGGGUUAUUUUCUGACUGCCAUAAAAGACCACAAGUCUAAGGUUGUUUUCAUCAAAUGUCUUUUUUUUAGAUUGAGUCUCUUACAACAAAAGGCAAAGUUGAAUUAAUUUAAUGAGUGCUGAUGUGAUAGAUUACAUACUAAUUUAAAGUGUAGAUUAACUGUGAUAUGCUAAAUAAUAUUCUUUCUGAAAAGGGACCCAAAUCCUUCACAUUCACGUGAUUCAGAAGAAAGGUGGAAAGAAAAUUAGAUUCAAAGUGAAGUUUUGUCUCAAUAGAAGCAAUAGAAGGGGACAGUGUCCAUUUCACUCCAGAAUGGCGGUCAAUGCAAUCUCGCUGAAUAACCUUUAUUAUUAUGUAUGUGUUUAUUGUGCUGAAAAGCAGCCGUGUCAUACAAGCCUUCGCUGCUCUUACUGUAAAGACGUAUUAUUUCCAAGAUAUGUUGUAGUUUAUUCAUUAAAUGGGGACUUGAGAAAAAUCGCAAAGGGAUUGCAAUUCUCACCAGAGGAUGGCUUGCACUUUCUUCCUUAUUUAUUCCAUUCUAAGACACAUAUUGCAAAGAAACAUCAGGUUUUCUAGCCUUUCUUUCUAAAUCAAAUUGUCCAAUUUUGUAUUAAUUCUGUAGCCUGCCUAUUUUUUUUCCUGUUCCAUUAUGACUUUUUGUGAUUUUAGUCACGUUGAGGUGCUACUAUUGAUUUACAGACAGGCUAUAUUAUAUUGCCUUCACACGGAGCUCAAGGCAACAGCAC